GUCCGUCUCGUCAGUGUUGAUCGGCUCGCCAUGGCGGAAGGACGCAGAGAACAGCCCCAUCCUCUCCUCUCCUUACCUCCGGCCAGCAAGCGUCCCUGCCUGCGCCCUGCUCCCCGCGGUCCCGGUCCGGGGCCCGGCCAUGGCAGCGGCUUGCCCAGCUCCCGGUAUCGUUCUCCGGAGUCUCUCCUGGACUGCGCCGCUAAGGCAGUAGCAGAAAAGUGGGCCUUCGAGAGAGUGGAGGAGCGCUUCGAGCGGAUCCCGGAGCCCGUCCAGCGCCGCAUCGUCUACUGGUCUUUUCCUCGUAACGAAAAGGAGAUAUGCAUGUACUCGUCUUUUCAGUGCCGAGUCGCCGGCGAGGAGGGUCCGUCGGCGGCUACCGGCGGGGCUGGGGGUGCGGGGUCCGGAGCUACAACCGCCGGUGGUGGCGGGGGAUCUACCGCCGGUACGGCGGCUGCCGUCGGGGCAGCCGGAGCUGUGGGGACGGGAGACGGACUGCCUUUCCGCCGGGGUAUCAGGCUGCUAGAGACUGGCUGUGUGGAAAACGUAUUACAAGUCGGUAAGUGGGACAAUUUAGAGUAAAAAUGCGUUUUUUUCUUCCCGUGGACUGCUUCCAAAUGUGUGCCGCUGCUGCUGGAUCUGUACGGGGAUGAUUGAUGGAAGUUUUCCCUGCUGUCGUGGAAAGUAGUCAGAGCCUUUAAUUCUCUUCUGGCGAACAACACAUGGCUCUCGGUGUGUUUUUUUGCUCGAGGUUCUGUGCAGAGAAGCAUUUAUUGUAAUCUUUGCAGCUUCUACUUGUCUGUUUUUGAAAGGGGAAGCGAAGGUAAUGUUUGUGUAGCCGACCAGCUGCUGUUGAAAAAUUAAAGGGCUUCUUCCUAUUGUAGCUCUGCUCUGCCGCUUCUGUGUCUCUACCUUUAAACCGGAGGCUUGUUGAGCGUUGUAAGGAGGUUUUCUAACACGAAAAGCGGUGUUUUUGCAACUAUCGGGCACUUUUUUCCCUCUCUGGAGCUCCCCGUCGAUGAUCGGGGCUUUGCUGGAGCCGUCACCCCGGGUGAGAAGCAGGGGGAGGCGGGGAGGAGGAGGGCUGAAAGACGCGGAUACAAAAGGACCCAGCGUUUGAAGCGUCAAGGGUUUCAUUUUUAUUUGUGUGCGUCCCCUGCUGCAAAAAGUCGUUUUUCUCAACUCACCAUCGGUUGAAGGUGGCUCAGACAGGGAACAAAGGCAGUUAUUGGGUCUCUUAUUAUGAUUAAUCCAACGUUAAUCCGAAAAAAUCCCCCCGCAGCUUUCUGUUUAUUUGCUGCUGCUGCUGCUGGUCGCACCGGACAAAGAGCGCAGUCGCUACCAGCGUGUGAAAUACACGCUGUGGGUGUUUUGUGAUGUUUUAUGGUUAAAGUUAACCCCUGAGUAGCUGUUUAUAACGUUAUAAACUGCAUUUAUUCGUUUGCCUGCAGCCUCUCUCCUGUAACACAAAAGGCUCCCAGUUGAAAUGAUCGAUAAGCGUCUCACAUUUCCAGCGCUGCAGAGAGGCUGUUUCCAAACAAAGGGCCAUUCCGCAAAGCUCCAUCUCCACUCACAUUCUCAUUAGCCUCAUACCCCCGGCUCUGCACAGCCACAAAAUGAGCCCAGACACGAGGGGAAAGGGUGAGAUGAAACCCAUGGAUAGUCAAAAAGCAGCCUUUUAUGGUUACUGGGAGCACUUUUUUUUCUACGGCCAUAUGGUGCGAGAGCCACUGGAGCUUGUCUGGGGUUUCAUGUUGCUCCAAGGUAUCUGGAGGAAGGAGGGGGAAGCUGCAAACUGUGGCUGCUGCCUUCCUCUGUGACUGCUGUAUCUAAUUGCAUCUUAUAAAUGCUCAUCGAUUCCAACCCAUAACUAAAGGAAAUCUGAGCCUCCUGAAUAUGAAACUGAUCUCUGCUCUCAGUCUGGUCUGAAAAAAUGUUGUGAGUUUGAAUCUGUCUGAGAGAUUUGAUAUAUUACUUAUAAUCAGCUAAGGUAUUAGAGCCAGAUUAGUUCUGGCUUUAGUUUUGUUGUUUGCCUCCAGGCUUGGCAUGUAAACCUUAUGUAAGAAUUGAUUCUGGGCUAUAAUUUGCUAGUUAUGACCUACUUUAUCACUUCCUGUCAUCACAAACAAAUCACUCAGGUGAAGUCUUAUGAUAGUUGGUCAAACAGGAAAUAUGUGCUGCUUUUCAGAUCAAUUUGGCAUAGUGCUGCUUUAUAAUGCAAAUCCAGCACUGGCUCAGUAUUAACACCUGCGAUAAACAUGUGCAUAGGUCUGAAUUUAUGAUUUAAAUGAGAAAAACUUUAAUGCAACCAAGUAUUAAAACCAAGCCUUUGUGUUGAUUUCAGAGGUACAGGCACUAUAUGACAGAUGAUUACAUGUGCCAGAAUAGUUGUGUAAUCAAAAGUAACUAUGCUUCAUUUUUACCUGCAGCAGUUCUCACCUGCCUUUCUGCUGUCUGCAUGUCAGAGCUUUGCAGAAAACAGGCUGACACACAAAAACAUUCUGCAAACAAAUGCACACAGAGCCAUUGUUUACCACAAUAGAUAUUACCCCACUGAAACCAGUUUUAUGUGAUCAAACUUAACUGACAGGGUGAUCAACUAAAGGCUCAGUUUAGCAUUGUCUUCUAUGACAUUGCAAGAUACUUGAUGGUACAACCGAGCGAUGACAUAAUCUGUUUGAACCUGCUGAAUCUGCUUGUUCUGCCUUUUGCUCCUCACAGUAAUGUACACACUUUAGGUUUUUAAAAUAUGUAGGGACCUUAGAUUUGAAGCCUUUAGAAAUGCACAUAUUCAGAAUAGCAUGUGUCUACACCAAACUAAAAGUGUCAUGCUAAAUCAGUACAAACAUGUGUACCUUUGCAGCCGUAGUUAUCACUGACAUGCACUGUAUUUAUCCCAAACGCAUUCCAUUUUAAUGGUAUCAACAAAUGUUUCUGCACAUUGCAUGUUUUUCUCAAAUCCUGCAGGCUUGUAUGUUGCACAUGUUGUGAGAGGUAGAUUCUGUGAUUUUGGGUGAUGUCUGUCAUUGGAUGCAUGUUUCAGCUGAGGUUUAAACAGUCAAAACAAAGCCGUCAGCAAACACUUCCAGUCUUACCUGCCUCACCGCUGAAUCAUCUCCAAUCCCCCCCUCAAGGUCAGUCAUAGCAGGCAGACACACGGUUUUGUCUUUCUGUCAACGCAACAGACAGGCUAAAUAGCUGUGUGACAUCAAGAUAAGAUGUGGCUCCUUCUUCUCUCUGCAGACCAUGGGAACCAGUUGCUGCAUGAAGAGUUUGCAGCCUGACUUAACAUGAGAACAAUUGAGUUUUGUUGUUUCUCAGCAGGGUUUAGAUAUAGGCCGGGCCAACAAGCUCGCUCACACACACACAAUGCACUCAUUAAGGAUCAAGUUACACACCUGUAAAUGACAGUCUGAAGAGAGCCUUCACCUCACCUGGCAGCACAUAAUUGCUACUUUAAAUAGCUGCAUUACUUGUUUUUAGGAGAUGGAUGUAGAUGGCGAACGUUGUAACAAGAGCUCGGUGCAGGGACGAGGCUGCGUGCUGACACAUUCAGGGCACUGGUGUGUGUGGGUCCAGUCUCUGAAGAACAGCCUGAAAAAUGGAUGCCAAACUUUUUUGUUAUUACAUAAUUCAUAAACUUUUUUAAAUAGUGUAUACUUGUUACAGUUUUUGGUGCUUUUUUUUUCAGGUUUCGGUGGAUGAGGCUUCUGUGUGACCUUAGGGGAACCGAAACAGCUUUUUUCCACCUAAAUUUCAGUUACAACUAUCAUUCUGAGCAGAUAAUUCAUCCUUGAGUGGUUCCAUUCACCUUCAAUUCAAGUGAAAAUCAAAAUAACACAUCUGUGCUGCAUUGGACACCAAGGAAUUCCCAAAACACUUUAUCUCACACGCUAAGCUAUCAUGAGUUACAAGAAUGUUUAGUUUUUCCUCACAGCUAUAUCACAAGCUCAGCAGGAGCUCUUUUUCGACAAAUUCAUACCCGCCUGUAGACUGGAUUACAUGUUUUCUUCUCAGAAUCACUGGGCCUGGAGCCAUAUCUGUUACUGCACUAGUUUUUGCUCCCAGGCAGUUGCCUGUUGAGUGGCUCAGGUUGAAAACUUUGCUUGUCAAAUUAGUUGUCUGGGUCACAGAAAGUUUAAGGAAAAAGCAGGAUUGUUUGAGAAGAGAAGGGCAGUUGUAGCCUGCUGUAGUCACAGAAAUGCCUUAAGCAACACGAAAUGUCAAUUAUUGAGAAUGUAAAAGCAGCACACACUGACGUCUGGUUCACACUGGAAGCGCCGCGCGCGGAACGGAAGCGCCGCGCGCGCGCGCAGCGCCGGCUCGCGCUUGGCUGUUCACACAGGAAGCGCUUUCUGCUGCGCUCUGACAUGCCGGUCAGACAUCGACUGAGCCCGGUAGUGCUCGGCCGUUUCCGUCUGCCCUCAGUUUUCCACACUUACGAGCGCUUUAAAAAUGGGUAAAUCACUAUUUAUUUACGUUUUUAUUUCGUCAUACAUGAAUUAAAUAUUGACAGCAUCUUCAAGUAUUGUUUUAAAUUAUUAUAUAGGGGUAAACGACGAAUAAAUUGGGAAGUCUGUUGACUCCGUUGUAUGUAUAGCCUUGUUAGCUCGAGGCUAUUGACUGUAUCGUAAUAAAGUCCCCCCCCCUCUUUGUCUCAAUAACAUCACUGAAUCUCUGCAGCUCUCCCUCCGUGUGUGUGUGUGUGUGUGUGUGUGUGUGUGUGUGUGUGUGUGUGUGUUUGUGUGUGUGUGUUCAUCGGUAAAAAAAUAGACCGACAAGCAACACCGUCAAUCUUUUUCUAAUUUAUUGAAAUUUACUUUAUUUUGAAAAUUGACCGGAUUCUCUCGCAUCUCCUUCCUGACUUCCUGUCUGGUCCGAUCUGCUCUGUUGAGCUUUACAUCGGCGCGCGCGGCUCGCGCCAAAAAUAGAGAGAAGCGGAGCAGCCGCGCUCCAGAGCGCGAGCCGUUCCGCGCGCGGCGCUUCCGCGCGCGUGCUGUGUGAACAGUCUCAUAGGUUAACAUGGGCGCCGAUCUGAAACUCUGUGCGCGGCGCUUCCGUUCCGCGCGCGGCGCUUCCAGUGUGAACCAGACGUGACACUUUCUGCAUGUUACAAGUUGAAAUCUGUUAAGGCACCCUUUAGGAAACGGAGUAAUUUGAGCACAAAAUGCUAAUAUUUCUCAUUUGACACAGCUUUUAUGCUUCAACAAUCCUAAAUUGAGUUGACUGAUGUGUCCCUUAGAUGCCCUCCACCCCCGUACAUUACAACUAAAGGCCUUUGUGUGUCAGCCUCCUUUAACGGUAAUACUGACGGAUUGAGGAGACGUGAGCUCAUCAACAACUCAUUGGCCCAUGUGUUCAUAAUAAUCUACUCCUCGCUCCUAGUCAUAAUUAGAAUAAUCAAAGCUAAGCGUGCUUCUAUUUGUAUUACCCCCCCACUCCCUCCCACCCUUCAUACACACACACACACACACACACACACACACAUACACAUGUGUGCCCAGAAGCCCCCAUACCAGAGCCUUAUAAAGUCCUCAGAGAGCAGGAGGAAGGGAUAUAAGAGGGGUAAGGGCGGGGGGGUUUCUUAAGCUUUGAGUCAAGCUUUGGGAUUAUUGGGUCAUGCUUUGUUACCCAGCUGUAGAAAAACCCCUUGUUCACGGAAAGGGGGGCAGGAGGGAUCUGUGUGUAUAUGUGUGUGCACGUCUCUGUCUACGCAACGUUACAUAAAGCUGUAAUGGGUCCCUGACGCCUUUUGAAGCAACGGUGACUCCGACAAAGCAAGGCAGCAGAGUCGAACAGGAUUAAACUGUACGGAAGAGUCAGGCAGGGGGCUGAUCGCACUGUGUGGCUUCUUAACUUUCAACACUUCAGGUCCUGGAAUAACUUAACGCCUGAAAGCUGGUCCUGAUAUAAAUCAGCCCCAAAACUGUCAAGUGUCAAAAGUUGAGAUAUCAGAUUUCUGCACAAACUUCUUUCAGCCUUUUUUGGAUUUAAACUUUGUCUUUCAUCAGACUGCUUUGGAUUUGAAUAAAAAAUUAGCCAGAUACGGAUGAUUUGUACAAAGGGAUUGCAUGUGUAACAUUUAAAAAUUUCACCGUCCUUCGACACAGGCUGUGAAUUAAUUCACCAAGUUAGAUGCAAAGCAGUUUUACUUUUACUGAAAUUAAGAGGCUAUGUGAAUUUAAAAUGCCAACAGCAAGUUGGUGUAAAUGUGAGUAAAAUCUAUAUUUGGUGUAAGUGAUGAACUGAUUUACCUUUCAGAAUGACAGGGAAAGAAGAAGAGUAUGGUUCCUCAAUGACUAAAAGACCUACAGCCAGUGAGCUCUGUUGAUCAGUCCACUGACAAGUUUUGAAUUUAUACUUCUGUCUAUAUAAUACAUGGAAGGAAUAUAACAAUAGAACAUUCCUAGAGCCCAAAUUGACACAUUUAUAUUACUUUAUUUGACCCAAAAUGCUGAUAACAUUUAAAUAUAUCUGAGGAAGUGCUGCUAGACAACUUCAAAAUCCAGCAAAGGUACCAACAAGGGAACCAUCAUUAAAAUUUUGGGCACUACCAGUGCAAAAUGAUGGAAUUAAAAGACACAAUACUCAAACAUUGUCUGUUAGUCAACAUCAGAAUUAUGUGUAGGUUGAACUAAUCACUAAUAUUUUUAUCAUGGUAAACCUGAAACAAUGGUAUUUUGAGUCUAAGAUCCAGUACUGCCACAAUUCUGUAGCUCAGGUUGGUUAUGGCUGCUGCCACUGUGCUUUAGCGCUCUACCAUCCGGUUGUAAAUAAGCACAGAUGACAGGUGGCGUCUUGUAGCAUGGCAUGCAAAUAUGGAGAUAAUGUUGAGAGUAACCAGCAUUUAGCUAUUCGAGUGGAGCAAUGAGUAACCAGCACAAUCAUGUGAACAGUAACCUGCAAAGUGGACUGAAGACUGGUGUUAGCCGUACUCUGAAAACCCAUGUGAAGUGGGUUACUCACAGACUCUGUGAUUUUGUGCUUAGUCCUCUCAAAUAAAUUGUAGUCAAAUUUGAUUGUUUACUUUUUAUUUUCUUUCUGUUUUUUACCCUGUUGACUUUUUGGCAGAAUUUGAAAGAAAUUUGUCAUAACUACCGUCACCUGGGGAGAGGAUUAUGCUGCAACAGCCCAAAAAAUAUAUGUGAGAGAAAAUGUGCUGCAAUUUUUAAAAAUGAUGUCAAUUCAAAAACACAUGCAAAUACUACUACUACUACUACUACUAAUAAUAAUUAUAAUACUACUACUACUACUAAUAAUAAUAAUAAUGUAAAGACAGAGAUGUGUGCUGCAAAAACUGGAUCACUCUUAAAGCAAAUGUGCUGCAAAUUGAGUAAGGAAUGCAAAAUCAGAAAACAGCUGCAAAAGAAAAAUCCUACAGAUUAAGAUGUCACAAUAAAAGCACUACAGGCCUGCAGGGCGGGCGGGCGCUCUGUGGAACAGCUGCAGUACGUCUUUCUUGGUGUACAUGGUUUGGGUCUUGCAGUAUGAUUGCCUUUGAAGGCCACUGUACACCCUGCUUAGUUUAAUCUGAAGAGAUUUUAGCACAGAAGACGAAAAUCAACUGUUAAUCCAAAAGCUCAUCUAUUAUAUGGUCAUUAUUCCAUUCUUCUACUUGUUAAAUCUUGAUGUAGGCAUUUGAGAUCAGCUCAGAUCAGUGAAAACUCAGUGUAGGAGUCUGUACAAGAGCAGCCAUUUGGUUUUUAGUGGACUUCUUACUUCUUCUCCUUGCAUUACUUAGUGUCAGUUUGUAUGUGAGUUCCAGUUUUCAGUUUGCUGAGUGUGUGUGUGUGGGAGUGGUUGGUCUUGCCAGUAUUUCCUCAGAUGUAAUUUCCUGGCAGAAUGGCCGCGGGGUUCCUUGUUGUGGAAAAAGCUUGCGAGCCUCUGGUGUAAAUCCACUCUUUGGUUGCUCAAGAGGAGCGCGCUGCGAUAAAAGACAGAAGGAGGCGGUGAGCUCAUCCUCCCUUGCCUCAUCUCCCAUCUUUCCUGGACUGACACAGCUCAGUUUCUAUCUGUCUGUCCGUGUCUCUAUCUCUGUCCUAUCUGAAUUCUCUGUCCUCCUCUUCAAAUCUCUAUUCUACAUGUAAGUCCACGUCUGUUUCUAUCUUUCAUGCUGUUUCUUGCUCUCCACACCCUCUCUCCCUGGCUGUUUCUGCGACUUACAUCAGUUAAAUAUGAAUCGCACUUUAAUCAUAUUCUGUCUGUAGGCUCCUGCUCAGUAAGCAGAUUUCAGUCGACCCAGGCCAGAUCAUUUCUCGCCCUCCGUCUCCUUUGCUGUCCAAGCUUGGGGUUGCUUCUGAAGUCAGUGUUUCUGUUUUGGACUGGUUUGGUAAGCUGGAAAGAUUCAGUCAUUGGUGUUGUGUGAGGCGAAGGUCAGAAAGUUGACAACUACACUCAAGGGUGCGUCUCUGCAACACAGUUGAGAAGGUGGCUCAUGUUCUUUUUGGUAAUGGUGAGUAAUUUCACCAAGGUCAGACUCCGUAUCAAUUAGCUGAUGGUGGAUUCAUGAGGGAGUUCAUGCAUGCUUCAGGGCAACAUUCCUCCUGUAAUGACCCAGCUCCCAAACUCUAACUUGUAAUGCUGAUAAACAGUUUGAUUUUUUCAUACUUUUCAACAAAAAGUGUUUUUUCAGUAAUUGGUGUGCAGUUGUAUUUUGCUGUUUAAACUGUAUUUUAAAGCUGCCUUUAUCAGGUAGUAGAUUUCAACAAAGCCUUCAGAUGGCACAGAAACGUUUUUUUGACGUCCACCAAAUAAGAUUGCCUGUGAUUCCUUUGAUCUACAGACAUAACGUGGAUCCAUUACUCCAACCAUUUUACCUUUUUGACAUGAAAAAUACAUGAAUGGUAAUAAAGAGUAUAUAAAGUCACAAUGAAGACUGUUUAGGUUCCUUUGUCUUUACAUACUAAAUAGUAGGAACAUGUGUACUUUUACUGCAAAAAUUGUAAUAUUGGCUAUCAUAGGGUCUUUUUGGCUUUGGGAGACAGCCUCAAGUGGAUGCUUGAGAAACUGCAGUUUUGCCUCCCAUCAUUGGCUUCAUUUUUACUGUCCUAGGCUACGUUAUGACGCACAAUUCAGAUUUUUUUGUCAAAUCCAAUCUUUUUUUGCAGUCAUUCACAUUAGAUUUUAAAUUUCACAUUUAGAUUUCAAAGUUGCACUCACUAAUAUUUUCUUAUCAUCACAGGAUUAAACGUCUGCAUUCUUCUCAGCUUUACUGCUGUUACCUUUGGUAGCCCCCUAGCUUCUUUAUGUAAAAGCCUUUGGAUAAAGCGCUGUAAACUACCUGCACUGAGAGAAAAGGACUAGCUUGUGAUGAAUUGCAGUGUUAAGCGUCUAUCUCCUUGUCUGCCACAUGAUAGCCUACUGUUUUGCUAACACAUAAGUUUUGUUGAAGGAUGAUGUAAUAUCACACCUAUUACUCGACCACCACAAGUUAAUUGAAAAUAUUGAUUUAAAGGUAAUGUAACUGGUUCAAAAAACAAUUUAUUUAUACAGCUGAAACAAGGGCCCCUUCAUUUUUUUGACCUAUUUGAAAUGCUAACAGAAAACUGACGUUUUUGCCACAGUGUCAACAGGAAAAUGUGAAAUUUUCCCUCCUCCUCCUGUGGGUUAAUUUGAACACGUAUGGUGCAAUUUGACCUGCCAUUGUGUUUGAGGUUUUUGAUCGAUAAUCACUGCCUUUGUAAGACUCCUUGAAGAAGAACUGCUUUAAAGCUUCUCCUGCUCCUUUCACUUCAUCUUCUGACUUAUAAAAACAGAAGCUUAUUUUUUGAAUUAGCAUAUUUUUGGCCUUUAUGUGAUCAACUUUUUCCUGUACAUUUAUAACUGUUGAUUAACUCUUGUUUUGAAAUAUUUUCUUUCUAAGUUCUUAAGUGCUUCAUAAGAGAAGCCAUUGUUGUUAAAAUGCAAAUCAUCCCUUUUCAUUUCCAGACAUUUUCAACAUGUAAGUGUUUCAGCCUUCACUGCAGGGCUAACAGGAUGCUUGAACAUUAAUUUGCAAAAAGCCUGUCUUUUAUUUUCUUGAGUGCAUUUGUUGUCUGUUUAUCUAUCUGCGUAUAUUCACAGAAGAGCCCAAUCUGAACCACAGCUUCAGCCACUUUGUUCAAACACACACAUUCACACACACACAUACUCUCACUCGGUCUGUCUGCAGCCCUUCCCCGCCGCACAACACAGACAGACAAUAUUUAAUCAGUGUAAUUAAUUCUAUGCCCGCCACACUCGAACAGAGAAAAUCGGUAAAACAAAUCGUCCCGGCUCUCUUAUUAGCUCUGGGAGACGCUUGUGAAAGAUGAGGCCAUUAGAAGAUGCUCUGUUGUUGUAUUCAUCAAAGAGAAGAGGCACCUGUACACGCGUGUGUGAGAGCACAUAAGGGUUGAUUAUAUGAAAUCAUUAAUCAGAGGUUGUUGUUUGACGCCGUCCUCUAUCAGACAGAGAGGCGACCAUCUGUACGUUAAGUCUGAAAGACAAAAAGCUUGAUGAAAGGAUCAGAAAAGUGGUCAUUCACUGAUUUUCAUUCUUUGUCUGGAGUCAAAGCUGUGUCCAAACUUUGAGAUCUGCAUUGCACAACACCUGUUUGCAUCUCCUCCAUGUCUUUAUGUCUUUGGUUGUCAUGUCUGUUGCUGUGUAGUGGUUACAUAUGCUGGUUUGAGGGCAAUAGAGGAGGAAGUGAUGGUCUUUGGGGGUUCCGGAGUCAGACAAGAUCUUCAUCUGCAAAGAGUUGUAAGUAGGCAGUCAGUGCAGCAGCAGACGGUUAGGUCUCAAAUUUCAAGUAAUGCAUAGGUCUGACUAACAUGAAGUGACAGUUGGGUCAUGUAGAACUUGUGAUGGUACCAUUAGUUUUAUUGGUAUUGAUACCGUUAUCGAUUCUCCUCGAUUGAUCUUCUGUAGUUUAUACCUUCCUAUUGUUUGGGGAAAAUAUCGAUGAAGAAAAUGAACUGAUAGAACCGGUGUUGCUUUUAUUGUUGGCAUAUUAUGCACAAGCCAUUUUACAGACCCAGCUGGGAAUAGGUAUCAACGUACUGUAAACAUAUGUCACCUUCUUUAGUAAGCCAACAAGCUUUGACCUUCAGAUUUGAACACAGAUUUUACAAUUAUAUUUACUAUUUUCAACUUGGCAUGAUUUGUUAGAAAGUUUAGGUGCACUUACUCAAUCUGUUUUGGUGGAGGAGGUGGAUGGAUGCAGUUUAUAGAGGUUUUUUUUUUUUUGAUAACCCUGUGCCAGCGGGAGGUUCUGCAUUUUGGUUUAAUUUGUUGCACUGCACAGAUCAGCAUGGCUGUUGAAGUUGUGUUUGCCUCUUGUAAGAAGAUAUUUUGCUAUCAAAGUAUGUCUGCCUCCAGUAGGAUAGGUGGUAACAUCUCCCGUUCUGCUCGUAACUACGAGGUCAUCUACCUUCUUGACUUAAUACUUUAUCUAGCAAAACAGUCAACCAAAGAAUUAGCAAGUGUCUGACAGGGUGUCUGUCAAAAGUUUAGACCAGUUUGGUAGAGGAGAAAUUUGAUCCCAAAGCGCAUUAUGGAGGUAUUCUACUCCAUCCAUGAACAUUUAUGUGUAUUUCAAAGGUGUAGUUUCAGUAGGACUAAUACAGUAAAUUGAUUUUUGAACAACAAGCAAACAUACUUGGUGAGUGGCAAAAGCAAAUCCGACCAUCAGCACUGGGAUUGAUCUAUUUAAAUACCCUAUUUAAUGCCUCAAACCACUGCUGCAUAGGGGUAGGUGUCAGACGAUAAAUAUCUGAAUGCAGGGUGCCCAAAAAGUUAUUUUUAAUCCCUGUUUCAUUCUCAGUAAGUCUCAGGAAUUUUGACUGUUAAAAAUGAUAGGCUGAGAUUUCCUUUUUUUAAAAAUAGCAACUUUCAAAAGUACAGGGUAACAUUAGCAGAGAGAUACAACUUUGCGAAACUCAACACAGUCCUCAUAGACAGUUUAAUUUCUUGCAAAAGAAAAUGUUUUGGAAAACAGACUCUUGAGAAGUAAAUAAAGAAGCUUUAAUAAACUGGUUAGAGGCAAUUCUGCAGUUUUUCUGCAGCCCAAACCAAGAAUUCAAAAUCAACAUGAAAUUACGGAAAAGUUUCAGCUCCUGUCUUCUAAAUCUAACACCUGUUUUUGUGCAUUGUUUCCAUUUUUCCCCUGUGGCUGUAUUUCCUGUACAUGCGCUCAGUUUAAACCUGGCCUCAGGUGUUCUCAGCCACAUUUUUGCUGCGAUUUCCAGCUAUGCUAUUUCCACUCUGGGCUUGUUUGCAGUUGCAAGCAAAAAGAAAAAAAAGGCAUUUUUUUCCUGACAUUGGUGGUGUGUGCACAGCUCCGUCCCUCCACAACAGCUCCUUUCUUACUAUGUGUGUGUAUAUCUGCUCAUGCGAUGAGAUAAAAACAGAGCAAACACCCUUUUUUUACUGCCCCUCUGCUGUUUUCAAGCCUGCCCGUCCUGUGUGCCGCUCUGUGUGUUUUCCUCCACCUUCAGUGCUUUUACCUCGGGUGGUGGGUGUGCAAUUACGAGCCGAGAUCACUGCCGGCCUUGUCCUUUCAGCUUUUGAAGCUGACAGUCUGCUGUAUUCUGUUAUUGCACUCUUCCACACCUGCCUUUUAUUGGCUUUUUGUGUGUGUCCAAGUGUGUGUUGUUUACCAGGGUUGUUGUACACAUUUGGCCUCUGUCCAUGUCUGUGAGAGGCUGGACAUGAAAGAGAAGUCAGAGGCUUGCAGACCGGACUAUUAUGGCCUCGUUUGGUUGUAAUUGCCUAACAAAUGUUGGGGGAAGGAAAGGGAAAGACAUGGAGGGGGAGGCGGUUAUUUGAGAUGCAAAAAUAGAUCCCAGUCAGAUUCUCAUAAUCAGGGUUUGAGCUGCAUCUGCAGGUCGGUUUAACCAUUCUCUACUUCUCUUAUGUGUAACAUCAUCUGAUAACUCAUUCCACAUGAGAUUGGGUGACGCAUUUCCUCAAAAAGAAAAGCCAUGCCCGUGGCGAGAAACAUGACAUGAGGGGAAUUCCAGGAGAGGAAAACAGUGACAGGUAGCGUUGUCUAAAAAACAAAAAGGUGAGGAUCUUUUUGUUAAAGAAGAGUUUUCUCUCUUUAACAUAUAGGAGCUAAGAUUAAGGAGAAACAUUCUUCUUUCAAUAUAUUGACUCCAGACCUUUUUCCAUCCUGAUUUUUUUUUAAACUUGGUAAGAGGAAGCAGCCUCACUGCUUUCUCCACAUGUGUGCUGAUAUUGAUUACUUGAUGGUUGGAUGGAUCUCAGUCAAGCAGAACUCUUACUGAAAGUUUGUGUGGGUCUGGAUGUGUGCACGUCCUCUCUUCUCUUUUAUUAGCCUCGAGGGAUUCUGGAAAAGCCCCGGAAAAAGCUCAGAGGGUUUGUUGAUGUUUUUGAGACCUGUGCUUUUCAGACAAAUAUUAAGAACAUGCAGGAUCAGGUACCAGAAAAUUCAAACCUCUUCAUAUUUAAACUCUGGGAUAGAUCAACACAGGAUAAAAGGAACUUCUUACACAAAGCCUCCGCGAUAUUAAUCACGUUUUUCUUACUAAUAUGAAACAAGAAAGAGGACCUAUAGCUUGUAUUCAAACACAUCUCACUCUAUCUAACCUUGUUUUCUCUUAAUUGAUAAUUAGGGGGUUUAAAGAAAGUAGAGGCCUGACUUUGGUUUCAGGUCACUGUGAUCAUGUUGCUUGUACAGGACUGUUUUUAAAGCUCCUGUGAGGGUUUUGAGAGGUUAGAAAAAACAGACUGAAAUGACCUGUGAUAUGUCUCUAUGAUGUAUAAAAGCAAAUGAAACCAUCAACAGCAAGAUUGGCAACUUCUGUAUUUAAACUUUGAAUACCUGUAACUGCUGUGAGGGGUACACUAAAGAAAAAGCCAGACAUACUUUAAGUCCCACAGUAAAUAUUCAAUGUGAACGAUAAAUUCAUCUGAAAAAGACAGCAGAAGUUUAUUUUGACAAGCAGUGGCAGUCUGUCACUACUGUUGGGAACUUUGUAUUUGUGUUGAUUUUCCGUGUCUUUGCUGACUUCCUCCUGUCUACGUGUUGGUCGUGUUUAAUGACAAGAAAUCUCACCCUGCCUUCUUUUCACAGUCAGAUGUAAUUGUGAGCAAGAAUAUUUGUUGAGAAAAAACGAAACAAGCGUUUCUUCUUCAGUGUGCUUGUUUGAUUUUAGAUGUUGAAAACUAUCAAUGGUAGUUUGUUUUGUAAUGGUCUCAUUUGCUUUUGUAGGUCUUUAAGAGUCACCAGAGUUAAUAUAAGUCUACUCCCUAAGACUUAUAUUAAUAUAAGUCUACUCCCUAAAGGUUUUAGAAACCUGGUUUUAUUUGAAUGAGUCUAAGCUACAGCCUACCAAACAAGAUGUGGUCUUCAAAAGGUCUUUUUUUUUCAUUGGGAAAAGGUGGUUGUCUGAUAACCAGGGUUUCUGUUUAUUCAAAACAAUACAAUACUUUUCACCUUGGUUUGGCAGAUCCACAGCAGCCAUGCUCCUUAAUAAAUGGGUAUUUCAGCAGUAUUAGAUGAAAAUGUUCUGCCUUUUCCCCUCAGUUUACUUCAAGAGCAGCUGCAGAAACCAAACCAAGACACUGACAGACAGGGGGCUCACACAGCUAAUUGGAUUAAAUUUGACCUUUUGCUCUGAACAUGAUCAUCUGCUCUGGUUACCUCUGCGACACUGAAACACCAGUGGAGACUGUUUUGGGAUACAGCUCUGUGGAUAUUCCAGCAUGCUCAAUUUAAAGACAUACACAGCUUGAAUCUCAAAUUUAGUUUGGCAAAAACGGGCCUGCAGAAACUUCAAAUAUCUCAAAGUAAUGUGAAAAACCUUUGAAGCUCAACAUCUGCAUUAUUUGAAUACAUCCCCCCUUUUCCCAUAAUGCCUUGCUUUGUUAUAGCCACCCUGAUCUCUAUGCUAAUGCUCUCCCAUCUUUCUUUUAAAUGCCGCAAAUUAGCUGCAUUAUUGUGUGGACCAUCUCCUCUAUCAAUGGCUGGUUGUAGAUCAUAGAUAUCAAGCUCAGAUAGUCAUCACUGUCAUACCUCUUUUGAAUACACACACACACACACACUCACACACACACACAAAGUCACACACACACGGUUGUGUAUUGCAGCGACUGCCUGUUUCCUAUGUGCUUUUCCAAUCUCAGCAGCACUCAGAGCGGCUCUCAGCAACAGUGCUAUUACUGCCAACAAGACAGACGAGGGCCCAUAGGAGCCCAUUGUGAGAGAGACAUCCAUUAUAGUUGGAUUAGAAACUAUUUCCAUACAUUUGGUCGGCUUUGAUCUGAGGAAAUGGGAGUCAACAACCUUGCAGCAUGUCUUUUUUUCUCCCUCUUUGUGCAUGUGUGCAGCUUAUACUGUUGUGGCGUACAGAUGUGCUCCCUCUUCAUGUUCCUCUCUGACAAAACCAUCUCUCUCUGCUUUAUGCAAAACUCAGUCUGUGAUUCCUCUGUACUGACCUCCUCAAAUGGUUUGAUCUUUUUUGGCUGUGCAGGUUGUCUGUCCUGGUCAUCUCCAGCCUUUUUAUCGCCCUCUUUCUCUUCUGAAAUGUGAGGUUUUAAAGGAAGCACUUAGUGCUGAAGCUACGAAUAAUUAUAUCACUUAGAGACCAAGUCCCCUAUUAUGGUGAUUCAGACUGUCAGUGUGCAUUAGCAAAUGGGCUGGGGCCUCCUGUGUGGCUGAAUUAUUCGGAGUCUUUGAAUGUGAAAUGUGAACAGCACACCAAUCUUUAACCCCGAAAGGUUUGACAAAGUCGUCUGUUUCCCUUUGUGUCUGCAGGCAGCUCCAAUCUACCAGUCUGUUUCUGCAGCUACACUUGCAUCCAGCUGCAAGUCAUGAACAAACCUCUGAAAUAGGGGGGGUAUACAAGGAUCAAAACAAAACCCAUAUAGAAUUGAUUAGUCCUGCAUACAGCUAAUCCUGAUCCUAUUCAUGAUAAUGAAAGAGAAACAUUGUCAAUUGUAAAAACAUGCGGCAACACAGAUCUUCAACCGUAAUGAAGGUUUAUGGAAAUCUACAGACAGAUCUCUAAUGACGAAGGAGUUGAACUAAAGCAUUAUGUGGUGGAUAAUGUAUAGUAACCAGAUUGUCAAUGUGAAGUGGAACACAGAGAGAGUGGUAAGGAUGAGUCACCUACCAAGGAAACCAAAUACUGACUUGAAAUGAAUCAAUUUAAAAAUGGCUUCUUUUACUGUGUCACGUUACCAAAAUUUAUAAAGCCAGUAUCACGGCAUUCAGUGCCAAAAUGAUAACUGAAACUGAGACAUUAUUGGUUUGAUUCUUGACUUCUAAAGGAACCAAAACAGGAUGUCUAAGGGUUAGUCACAGAUGGAUUAUGUAUUUGAUUGACAAACCCUUCUACACAGUAUUUUUAUUUCCACAGCCACUAUGGCCGCUUUUCCUCUGCAGAGCUCCAGUAGCUCAUUAGCAAUUCUCCUCUGAGUCGUGGGUGGAGACAGCGCUGCCUAACAUUGCCGGUGUAGUAGAAGAAGCAGGUAACAUAGGAGCUAUUUAGUUCUUGGACACUAAUGUCUUUGGUGACAUGAUGAAAGUUAAUAUCAUAAUUAGCUUUCUUAUGAGCAUUGCAAUCUGCUAACUCACACGCUUGUUCCGCGAUUGUCCUCUCUAUUUCUUCAAGUCUAGCAUACAUAGCGGGAAUCUAGAUUUGUGAAGUAGGAAAUUCUACUGUGUCUGAACCUGUCAUUUGGGUCUGCCAGAGAUUCACAAGGAUUUAAAUCCAGAAACACUCAGAAAUGCAAUUUUGCACUUAUUUCUCUCAUGCUUUGUCCUGUAGCAUCAGAUAAAUGUCAUAUGAACACGUAGACAACAUGAAAAACAUGAUUUUCAUCAGAGUGGGUCUUUAAAGGUUUUGCAAAAUCUGUUGCACAAAGGUUUUUAAAGUCAUUGAGAUUUCCAUCUGAGUCGGUUCUGCAGUUGAAGUAGUCAAACAGAAGACCUGGUUCUGUUCACCAGCACAGGCUGAGGUAUUCUUUAAGAUGACUCUGCUGUUGUAAGUUGUGGACAUGUUAAGGCAGAGGCAUUGCUUUUCUGUCUGUUAAUGUCAGCAGAUAGUCAUGUUGUUUAAGCGUAAAUAACUGACAGGGGGCAUGCUCUGCUAAGCACUGACUUGAAUAAGAGUUCAACAGUUCUCACGGUGAAGUAACGCGCAUACUUUGAAUAUUCAGAUUGAGGCUUGCAGGCGAAAAACAAUGUAGUAAACAAAAUGUGCAGAGAGUGCUUUAUUUGAUUGCAAUUCCCUCAUGCCUUUCAGCGUCACUGUGAUUCAUCCCUCUGUUUUUUAAGAGGCUGCUGGGUCAUGCUGCUCUGUCGAUAGCCUCCUUCUCUCUAAACCAGCCUGCCUGCUAACUGGUGGGACAUAAAAAUACAGAAUCCAAUCAGGCUGCAGAGAGGAAGAUGCAUCCUCAGCAGUUGUUAAUUGAACGCUGCUUUGAUAUGAAUCACCCCAGUUUGCCCUUUUUCUCCGUUAGCACGUUAUUCUGCUGUUUUUUCCACAGUUUCCCUCCCUCUCUUUCUGCCCUCCCUCCCCUCUUUAUCUCACUGCCUGCUAAUAACAGCACUCUGUGUGGGUUUCUUUAGUGGAAAGGCCUGCCAUGGCCCAUUAGGCCGCAGCCUCACCGACAAAUGAAUGCUUGGACUGACUGCAGAGAGAGGAGGAGGAGUAUGAAAAAGGGUUGGGUUGGGAAAAGAGAUGAAGGUGGGGGCAGUAGAGAGGGAGAAGAGGGUGUGAGGGGAGGAGAGCUAGAGGACGUGUGAAGCAAGAAAGGAGAGGAAGGAGGGAAGAGCUGAGAGGCAAAUGUAGAGAGACACAACCAACCUGUCACCUCUGGCUGCCUCUACACACACACACACACACACACACACACACACACACACACACACACACACACACACACACACACACACACACACACACACACACACGCCUCACAGUCACAAAAAAGCUGAAGAAGAAGGAGGGACCUCAUUAGGCUCUCAGCAGUCUAUCACACACACAGACAGAGAGAGAGAGAGAGAGAGAGGGAGAGACACAUAAGAGAUGAACUAUGGGGGAGGGGGGUGGCCUGAAAAAAGGAGGGAGGAGAUGAAUUGAUAGGAGCAGUCAAGUGCAGGCAAACACACACACACACACACACACACACACGAGACAAGGGAGGACAAGCUUCCGCUACGCACGCACUCGCUGCUCCUCUCUAUGCAACAUGAUUAAUGUGGUCAACAGCCGUGAGGAUCAGUCUGGUCGAGACCUCUUAGCCUUUUCUACACACACACACACACACACACACACACACACAACAUGUCAGCCUUUUCCUCUUUAAGUGUCUUAGUGGCCUUUUUCUGGCUCGUCUGUUCGCACACCCUCCUCCUCACCCCGACCAGCCUCCCCUCCUCUCCUCACACCCAAACAAAGAUAACAGAGGCAGACAUGGGCUUGUUUUUGUUUGUCGAGCAUUAAUUUUAGUGCAGUUUACUCAACCUCUUUCCCAUAUGGGCUCCUGAAAUUUUAAAAGAUCAGGGAGGCAGAACAUGGCUUCAGAUGUAAGCUGAGACAGCCACUUAAUGCCAGACAAAGCAAAAGAGAGCCCAAGUAUGGUGGCUCUUUUUUUUGUUGCAUUGCUAUCAAUGCUACAUAGAUGCCCUCACCAAUCUAUGAUCAUGGAAAAAUAAAAUCAACUGUUUGCUCAGUGAGGUUGGCAGAGGUGACAUCAUAAAGCAGGAGAAAGUUAGUACAACAAAUUUAUAUAUACAUAUACAUAUACAUAUAUAUGUGUGUAUUUGUCAUUGCCAUUGUCAUAGCAGUGCCAGUCAAACUCUUUCAGUCACGCUAUCUGAAACCUGUGAGCCUCCUUUGCUGCUGAUGCACCCCCUUUUUACCAUCAUCAGCUUCAGCACAUCUCAGUAAUGUCGGACUCCACAGCACUGUUUCUCUUUGCAGGCAUCAAGUACUGUUCACUGUACUUGCAGAUAUACCGUAGUAUGCAUUAAAUAAUGGCUGCUGUUAGGAAUAAAUAUGUUAGUUAUAUCAAAUACCAAAAAAAAAAAAAAAACCCACAAUAUUGGCAUUAAAUAUCAGCCCCCCACUAUGAUUGGUAUCGGCUGUUGAAAGACUGAUAUCAGUCAACCUCUGCUAAUAAACAAUCAUCAGUGAGCCAAGCAUCAGCUCCCAGACUGAUGGGCCGACUGAGCAGACCUGCAGUUACAUCAGUAAAGAAACAAAAUCAGAGCUGCUUUAUAGAGAUAACAUAAUGAGCAAAUGGAUCUUGGGUAAAAACCCAUCCUGCUAAUGCAGCCAUUUGAAACAUUACCUUUGUGAGAUGGCCUCAAGACGUUUGAACCCAAACCACUUAAACUGUCAGUUCACAUGAGGCCAGUAGACUGUCCAUCACCGUCAGCUCAGAACACGCCGCUAAAUGUCCACUUUAGGGCCCUGAAUUAUUUCUUCUUCUCUUACCUCUAUCUGUGUGUGUGUGUGUGUGUGUGUGUGUGUGCGCCCAAGCGUGGGCAUAUAUCAGUAAAAGCAGGGUUUCUGGUAUUGGUCAUGCUGUAACAGGAUUAGGUGCCUUCUCUCCAGCCUUACACCACAGGACCAUUGUCGUGUGUGUGUGUGUGUGUGUGUGUGUGUGUGUGUGUGUGUGUGUGUGUGUGUGUGUGUGUGUGUGUGUGUGUGUGUGUGUGUCGGGGUUUAGUCUCUGGGGUCUCACUCUGUCUUGUUAACCUAAGAGGGGGCUGUUGUGUAAGUGUGUGUGGGUGUGUGUGUGUGCUUGUUUUAUUGCCUCUGUUCAGGGAUUCUUUAAGGAGAACGGAAACUCUUCUGAACUCGGAGUUGUUUUGCAGAAGUCACUCAGUAUCUUGUGUUCUUGGAGUUGUGCGUACUUGAAGUGAGUUUGUGUUUAUUCAGCGGUUUAAAGCCUAAGUUGUUUAUUCGUUCUUUUCAAAAGCAAAUGUUUGUUCCUGAUUUUACUUUGGAUCUUGACCUUGGUGGAGAUGCUUUUGAGUGCAGUAAGAAAGAUCUAACGUUGAAUCUGAAAUUCUCCUCGUCUUUGUCUUUUCAAUCUUUAACUAUGUUUCCUUGAAAACGUCCACACACACCUACAGACACACACACUCACACAGGCACACCCGGACUGGGGUGAGGGUGCUUUUAUUCUCCUCUUUUUGAUUUUAAAGUCUAAUUUUCACCUAGUUAAAUUUUGCCUCAAAAAAGAGAGCAUGUGGCACGCUAAGCACUUUUUCUGCCAUCACAGCAGAAAGGAAGUCUCUAUGUGUGUGUGUAUGUGUGUAAGAGGGAGAGUGUGUGUGUAAAACAGUGUUCAAAGUGUUGUGAGUUAUCAGUGGGAUGAAACAGCACGGCUCUAACAAUGGGAUUAAAGCUGUGUCUAUGAAAGAAGCAAUUAAACGCUAUCUUAUCUCAUCUGCUUCUCACACCAAAAAGCACUCUUAUAUUUUCAAGUUUUUCCUCCUCUUCUUCCUCUUCUCAAGAGGCAUCUUUAACUUCUCAGCAGACACAGCUGAUUGGUGGGAAGCCUAACUGUCUUGGCAUGUGAUUGGUUCAUUUGAUUCUAUCAGGAAUGGAUCCUUUACAUGAGUUUCACCUUUUUGUAUUUUGUCAGUUUUUAUUAUCUUCUCAAAAUAAAUCCAAAUUGAUCACUUGUAUUGAAAAACAUACAGCAACAUAUACCACAUUCAAAAAGCAUGGGUCCAUUUGAUAUGUGACAGGAAGAUGUUUGACUUAAAGCUCCUUUAAGAAGUUUUUUGACAUUUAUAGAAGUGACUAAAAUUUAUUGUGAUGCCUUUACAAAUUCAAAAGCAAACAAAACCAUUGAGGACCAGACUGACAGUUUGAAUAUUGUCAUUUUUUAUGCCUGAAUCCGCUGUGAGGGGGUAGGUGUCAGCUGGACAGCUAAAAGAAACAGCAUUUUUUGUGCAAUUUCCAUGUAAAAUGUUACCAAGAACUAUACCUUUGACUUUCAGAAGGUAGCAGGAUAAGCUUGUUUUAUCAAAAAGAAGCACAAGCAUUAGAGGACAACACAUGCAAAGACUGCUUUGUCCACAGGGGGUGCCAAAAUGGACAAGAACGGAAAGUUCCUCACAGGAGCUUUAAUUAUUACCAGAAUAGUAAUAGGGUCAAGAAUGAACUUUUUAACUCAUGAGUCCAGAUGAGAGGAAUGAGAAAAUAUUCAAUUUAGAUUUUUUUUCAGUUGAAGCAAUCCAUAGAAAGUAUUCUUAUGUAUUUGAAAAAAAAAACAAAAAACGUAACUAUUAAGUGUUAACUAUAUACUGAACUAUUUUGUUGCAAGCAUUUACUGCAGCCCUCGCAAGAUCACCAGCCAAAGACUAUUUGGUAUAAAUGAUUGUUCCUCCAGUUGCUUGGUCUGUAGCGCUUCCAUGUCAAAAGUAUUUAUUUGCAGGUUGAAUCAACAUUAAACUUUAUUUUGUCAUCCAAGUUACAGCUUUAGCAUUGGUCUGCUUUCCUGUUAUUUAUCCUCUGUGAUGGCAGCAAGUUUCAUCUUUGCCACAUUGUCAACAGAAAAAAGUGAAAUCAGAAUGGAUAAUAUGAUAGGUAAUAGAUGUCACCCCUGACAUUUCCUUUCUGCUCAAGUAUGAAACACUGACUUUCACAAAGAGUUUCAGAGAAAAGAUUCAGCUGCUGGUUCGACAGUGUUCAUGUAUUCAUAUGUUCAGACUGUGAGGAAACACAUCCUCAUACAUUCAUCAUCAUCAUCGGCUACAAUGAAAGGACAGUACUCACAUCUUAACCUGUCCUCCUCUCAGUCUUUCCACUCCAACAAUCAAAAAAUUCCCUCACAGACGUAUUUUUUCAGCUAUUACCUUUAAUCAUCUCUUCAUUCAGAGCGGUCGAGAGGAGAUGAGAGGGAGACGGGUGAGGGCAAAGUGAAAGAGAUGUGGCAGGAGGGGGGUGAUGGUGGUGUGAUUGAAGAGGGUUUGUCAGUAUAAUUCUCUCUGACCGGACUCUCUGUCUCCUCUCGGUGUCUCUGGGAGCGUCAGAGCUGCUACUUACCCUUCACAUGCUCUCUUUGUCCUCUGUGGUAUCCCUCUCUUGUUCCUUCCUUUUGGCUUUCCUCCAUGGAUGUUUCGGCCUCUGAUUGCUCCUUAUGAUCUGAGCUAAUUCUAGGAAUGAAUUCAGGUAAGAAAGUGAGCCAUUUCUAAUCGAUCAGGCAAAGCUGUGUACUUGAGCGAGGGUUUUUUUCAAAAGAGAAUUUUCCAUCAAACUGAAAGUGGAGAGUGAGCGUGCAGUGUAUAUCCAGCAGCUGAUUGCAGUCUGUUUUCAGCGUUAGGCUUUUUGCAGUUGGAGCGUCUCCAGGGCCGUUCAGAUUGUGUUUCACUGACCUGACCUGAGCUGCUCUGCGGCUGAUGGGCUUUUGGUGAAAGGAGCUUUUUAAUCGAAUUUGAGUCUGGCUGUAGCUUAAAUCUGCAGUGAAUGGAGAAAAAUGUUUGGGUUUUUAAGUCUUAUAUAUAAGACAGUCAUUUUGUGCAUAUAUUUCUGCACUUCUCAUUCUUUUGUGAUACUUCAAUUCAGUUUGACACAAAGAACUUUGAGGUCUGAGCAGCUACUUGCUUAGCUGAGCAUCCAAGUGCAGAAUGAACAUUAGGUGUCUUGUUGAACCAGGAAAACAAAAACUACAUUUUGUAACAUUUUUAUGUGUUUUUAAAGCAAAAAGGAUGGCAAAGAGUCUAGGGCUGAAACGUUUCCUUGAGGAAUUUUCUCUGCAUCGAGUACUCAUUUAUAACCUCAAAUCAUCAGUGUUUUACACAGAUUCUUUUCAAGAUGACACAAUGCAGUUACGUCACCAUGGUAGAAGGAGGAGUUAACGCAGUUUUGGUUUUGCAGAGCGGAACAAAUGAGUGAUGAGAAGGACUUUUCUUCUUUCUUUUCUUCCUGUUGCUCAUUAGCAAUUUGCCUCUGUGUCGUGGGUGAAGGCAGCGCUGUUCUGCACACUCCUCUUCAUGCUAGCUUGUAGCCUAACAUUGCAGGUGUAGUAGAAGUGGCAGGUAAUAUAGGAGCUAUUCAGCUCUUGAACACUAAUGUCAUCGGGACAUGAUGAAAGUUAAUAUCAUAAUUAGCUUUCUUAUGAGCAUUGCAAUCUGCUAACUCACACGCUUGUUCGGCGAUAAUUGCUCUUUAAAAAAAUGUUUUUUUGUUUAAUCUGAUUACUCGAUUAAUCAAUGAAAUAUUGGGUAGAAUACUCGAUUACUAAAAUGUUAGCUGCAGCUCUAAAAGAAUAACAAAAUCCAGAUUCAAAACAUGUUUCCGUCAAAGUUUGGUUCAAACUCCGUUUUUAAAGGAAAGUUGUGGAUUUUAGCUGCUAAAUUCUCCACUGUUGCUGGAAACUACAUUUGUAACAACACUCAGGCUUAUCCAAAAACAGCAAAAAUAAAACCUAGAAUUCAAAAAAGCUGGUUAAAAUAAAUAAAUAAAUGUUUGUCUCCUUGGAGCUGUGGGUCUUGUGGGUGCUGUUAGCAGGGACAUGAGACUGAAAACAGCCGAGGCCUCAAAAUAACACAAGUGUCUUCACAUUCAUGACAGUUCGCUACUUCCCCCUGUGGCCGCUACACAUCAGCUCAUACAUUCAGCACACAGUAAAUACUCACAAACACAGACACACACACACACACGUCUCAGUGGAUUUAAAACAGUCCUCAUACCAUUCCCAUACUCACUGGACUAACACUGUUCACACACUGCAUACACACACUGACCCAGGCCUUCAUCCCCGGGGGUUUGCCAUGCUAUUUAACCACUGCUUUUGUUGCAGGGGUCUAAAGCCGAGCCAGGCACACCUUUUAACUUACAAAGAGCAUUUCAGUUGGAAGCCAUUGGUUACUGAGGCCUGGGGGCACCCUGUGUGUGUGGAUGUGUGUGUUUCUCAUGGUGGGAAAACCAAAAGACUAUGAUCAGACCCUCCUCAAUUGCCCAGUUCCUGCUCCUUUCUUUUCUUUUUUCUCCUCCUUUUCUCCACCUUUCUAUUCAGCCCUAGUAAACUAAUUCCCGUAAAAACUCCACAGUGUUUUUUCUCUGCUGUGUCCAGCUCAUCGGCCUCAAAGCUGAGCUUUUACUCAGGUUGCCUGAAGAGCUGUGUGAAUCAACAUGUAAAAAUAAAAGCUACCCCUCGUGGCGUUUUGAAACAGGGUUGCUAUGCAUGCUAGUUAGGAGAACCUUUGGUAGUUUGACUCUGUGUAUUGAAUCUCUGCGGUGAAACCGGGCACUACUUUUGCUGUGUUGCCAGGUGACUGACUCAGCGGCUCAAUACAAGAGGAGGCAGAAGAAUGUUUUUGAUAUGAAACACCACAGAGCCAGCAAAGAGCCAUUUUUCCACAAGCCAAGAAAAGAAGGGCCACACAGGGCCUGCCAGGACCAGCCUCUAAACGCUGCUGGCAGCCAAUGAAAACCUGUUUCUUUAUUAUUACAGGAAAGGAGGGAGCUUCUUAUCCCGUGGCAACAACAUUACAGAGAUGAAUCCCGUAAAUGGUGUCAAAUCUUGUGAAAUCUGGAGGUGCAGCGCCCCUGGCUAUCCAGACAGGCUGACAUCAUCCAAAGAGGAGCUGAAACUGCAGAAGAAACCCACUCUAAAACACAGGUCUCAGCACAAAAGAAAGCAGGCUGUCCAGAUAUUUAUUGCCACUUUAUUAAUCAAACUGUAAUCAGAUUAGGGAACAUUUCUCUCUGCGGGGAUUGUUCUGUAAAAGUCCUGUUGGAUUGGUUUUUAAGCCCAUGGUCACUAUUAGCAUAACCUGAUUAACACACCUAGAUUGAUACUCACUAAUUAAUAAUUACUAAUGGAUUUUAGGAGGUUUUUAUAAUCCUUUAAACCAUUUAAAAUUUAAAUCAAUUCAUUUUUCAAGCUAAACCACUAAAAAUGUUUUUUUUUUUUAGCUCGAUUAAUCCCAUUCAUUAAGCGAAAGUCCCAAAUUGAAGACGCAAACUGGUGCUCUUCUACACAUGGACAACUAUUUUGUAUUUUUUUAAUUAAACACAUUUUUGGUUCACUGAUAAAACGUAACCCAUGCAAUAACAAGUAUGAAUUUUUAGUAACUGAAUUUAAAACAUUAAUAAAUGAAAAAACACCAUAACCGAGCCCCUAUAGUGUCUUCUUUACCUUUUGAUAAAAACUAAGAUGGCUAAAUCCACUAAUUAAAUAAAUGCACUUCAUGUCAAACUAUAGUACCUUGAGCCAGAGCUCCCACCAGCUGAACUAAGCACACAGGUGCCGCUAAUAAGGCUAAUAUUUGCAAGCAACUGCAUCACAAAGCUCGAUUCUGGAUUGUGCUGAACGCCAAAGACCUGUGGAUGGGAUUAAGUACAGCAGAAAUUAAGUACAGCACCUACUACAAUGGUUGGCAACUCACUGCAGAUCAGACAACACUGUCGAAGGGCAACGAGUCAUCCUCAGGUCUUCAGGUUUUGAAACUGUCUAUCUUUUCAGACCAUACCUGGAAGUGGUGCAGCAUUAAGCGUUUUAAUUGUAAAUCUAAAAGUCUCAAAUCAAGAAACUGAAACAGUUGUUUUUUCUUUCUUUCUUUUGUUUUUUUUGCAUGUCCGAGUCCGACCUUAUUUGACUUUCACAAUUUAAAGUACUUAUAGAUAUUUUUAUGCUUUCAGUCAGUCCGUUUGCUGAAUUCAGGCUUUUUAUGAGCUUUAACUGACAUGCAAACACAAUAGCAAUGCAUCCAUGUUGAAGUCACCGGACGUGAGCAGUUCCUUUCCUCUUUUUGGCUUCUUUCUUUCUCACUGUCUGUCUUUGUAGUCUCCUCUUUCUGUCUCUGCUCCCUGCAGGAUUGUGUCAUGGCUGUCUGUUAACUUGAGGGGGAGUCCCCCCAUUCGUCUGUCUCCUCUCCCUCAGGUCCUCACACUGAAAGGACCUCUUCUUUUGUCAUAAAUACUGUGUGUGUGUGUGUGUGUGUGUGUGUGUGUGUGUGUGUGUGUGUGUGUAUGUGGGAGUGUGUGUGAAUCCCUGUGUGUGUGUGUGAAUGUGGGAGUGUGUGUGCAUGUGGGCAAGGACAGGCUGCUGUGACAUUUCUAUUGAGUUCAAAGCAGUGAGUGGGAGUGUUUAUGACACUAGAAAGCAACUAUAAGAUCUCAGUGUCUGAAUCUGUCACUCUUUUACACUCUUUUACACACACACACACACACACACACACACACACACACACACACACACACACACACACACUAUGAACCUUGCUAACCCUGGAGCUUGAAAACUAAGAGCUUCUCUUUGUAGUCUCUCUCUCUCUCUCUCUCUCUCUGGUGUGUCGCUCUGAGGCUAGCUCAGGAUCUCUGCACUGACCUCCGACCAUAGAAACGCAGUAAAUGGGUCCUUUUUUUCCCAGAUACAACAGAAGAUAUCUGAGCUUCACACUAGGCUUAGUUUGCACCCACUCUCUCACUCACAAACACACACACUGGAAUGACUCUGAGUGUGUAUUCUGUGCACUGAUCAGACGUUUGUUCCCCGUGGGUAUGAAGUGAGAGCAGGCUGUGUUUCUGUCAAAGGAAAGGUAUUUUCAUUCAUACAGGGGCAGGGCAGCUAUACAGGAACACACACUGGAGUCUGGUAUGUGUUUGUGUGAGUGUGUGUUUUAGUUGUGUAUCCUCUUUGAUUAUACAAGAAAGUAAUACGUUACUUUUGUUAGUCCUGUAUAAGCCUCUGAGUCUUCAAAGGACAGCUAUGACUCAUUUUCACCUUUUAUUAUGUCUUCAGUCUUCACCUAUGAAGUAGCUUUAAAUGAUUUGUAGCUCUACAAACUCCUUAUUAAUCUUAAGGCGGCACCUGUAAAAACCCUCAUUCUUGUUGGUUUUCAACUGAUGUAAAGUUGGGCUCAGCUUUGGGGUGUUCCUUUAUACACAGCUUAAAAGCCACAAAAUGACCAAAAAGUUACACUUUCACAAAAGGUGUCUGAGGCCAUUUUUUUGCUCACUAUUAUAAUCAUAAGCAUGACCUUUUCUGGAGUUAUAAAGUUGCUUAAACCACUCAGGGGGUGUUAGGUUUUACACACCUAUAUAGUCAUAAAAUGACCCCAAAAUUACUCUUUCGUUAAAUAAUUCUCAGGCUUGUUGUUGACUUCUGUUGUCAUAAUGUGACGUCAAGCUCAUGGCUUGGAGCAACACCAUGGUUCAUAUUAUUACCUGAUACCAGCCAUGUCUUUCUAGAUUCCUUAUCAGGGUAAACUGUACUGUUUUUCCAGAACCCCUCACAGGCACUCAUUAUAAUUAAACUGUUAAAGUCGUUGGACAUAUGCUAAAGAUAUACAGCAUUGUUUGAUAAAUGAAAGGUGAAUUUCUUUCAAACAACCACAGUUGGUGGUUAUCACUGUUGUUAGAAACUGAGAGAAACUAUCUUAUCUCUUCUUAAAUUUCAUCCCCUGGUGCUCCACCUAUAGUGAGCUCUGCAGUAGUGCCCCAAGAAUAAGGUGGAUACAAGCUUAUUUCUGCUGUGUAACAGUGUUUAACAAUGUAACUGCACUGUGGCAAGGCAAAAGAGGAAUCUGCAUCCACCUCUUUGCAGAUGAUACUGUGAUUUUUGUCAACAUUUGGGUGGCAAACAGUGUUUCAUACUAACACUUCUCUUAAUUUAAACAGAUUUUGGAUAGAGACAGGAAGACUGUUAUUCUUUGUUUAAAAAAUAUAUAUUGCAGUUUCAAAUACACAGUAUCUAUACACUUAUAGGUGUAGGAUCUUAUGAAUAAUGGGUUGGUAGAAUCAUGCUAACAAGCUGUAUCAUUCUCAUAGAGAUCAUCAACAUCUACACUUUCAGUAACUUAUGCUUUCUUUAGAACAAAUUAAAUUGGUAUUAUCUUCAAAUGUAACGAAUUGCAACUUGUCAGACACUCUCCAAAUAUCCUUAACUAAAGGUAAAAUAGCUUUGGUCCCAGUACUGAUCCUUGUGGAACACCGCAAGUUACUUUUUACCCACUAUGGUUUUAAAAAACAGCUUUAAAAUAAUAGGGAAAUAAUAGUUUCAAGCUGAAUGAGAGCCAAACUGAAAACUUGUCUCCAAGAAACCCUCUUUGUCUCAGGGUUCCUCUUCUGAUAGGACUUUGAUAAUUCAGUGUUUUCCAAUGGAGUGUAUUGGGGAAAAAAAGUAGUUAUCAUGUUACUUAUUAAUGGUAUUAUGUGAAUAUAAAUUGCUCAGGCCCCUGGAACCCCCUCAAGGACUUUAAGAACCACUUCGAUAAAAGUGGAGCUCUCUUUUUUUCCCUUUACAUAUCUUUAUUCUUUCCACUGGGAGUCUGGAAAGAUGAAACUUUAAUGGCUCCUAUGAGGAGCGCUGGCCUGAUCACAGAUUUACCCUCUGCAUCACAGUACAUUACACUGCACUAAAGUUGAGACUGGUAGUCCAGAGAGAGUUAUAACUGUGAUUCUCCUCAGCCACUCUCAGAUAUGGAAUUGUGUUUUUUCAUUUGAAGAAAGCACAGCGUUAAACAGCCUCAUUUUGCUGUAAAAUUGAUUAUUUUUUGAAGAAUUUGUGGGUUUGCUGCUAAUUUAAACAAGAGCGAUCAAGGCGGUGAGCUUGCUGGCCUCCAUGCAGGGCUGUCACUGAGCACUGUGCACUGUCUCUCCAAGCUCUAUUCAUUAAUUCAUUUCUUAUUGGGACAGAGAUAACAGGAUUAGUGCUCCAAGCAUCCAGGAGUCAGCAGGGGGGGUGGGGGGGUGGGGGGGACCCUGUAACCCUCCUCCCUCCUACAGACAAUGCGUGUGUGUGUGUUUGUGUGUGUGUGAGUGACUGUGUGAUUGUGUGGGUGUGUGUUUGUGUCCUUGCCAGAUGGGACCAGUGCUUCUUCCAACUUAGAAAAGCAUCUCUCUCUCUCUUGCUCUCUCUCAUACACACACACGCACGUGCGUGCACACAUACACACUCUGCAUUCUCCAGCUCUCAUCCUCCUUCUGGUUUGCGUCCAAUCAUCCUCCUCUCACUUUUGUGUUCUGGCCUCCAGCAGUGCUUUGUCAACACAGCCAAAUAUCACCAAGUGUUUAACAAAUACUACCCCAAUCCUUACUAUCGAUUACUGUUACUAUGAAGACAUUUUCUUACCUCCAUGAAGCUACACAGUCAAGUUGCUCAAAUAACUGCCAUUAAAUUAUAACAGAGACUUAACUGCAAGGCCAUAUGGGAAUCUUUAAAGCUUAUACUUGCAAUUAAAACUUAAUGGCAGAAUAAAAGUUAGGUAACCUCAAGCUUGAGCUCCCAUUAAUAAGUCUGUUAAUGGGGGCUGAAUAACUACCCAUCAAACUCUCAUUUUAAUCCAUGCUGCUCCUACAAAAACAGACCAUCAGAGCAUUUACAAGGUUGUUAAAGAAAUAGUCAAAGGCACUAUCGUACAAGUGUAGAAAUGGUAGUAAAGGGACCUAUUUGGACUCCGAAUGCAUACUUUUGUAAGAGAGGGAAUGCAGCAGACAGCAUGUGCUUCCUCAGUUUAAGCCCCAGUAUACACAAUGAGAUAAUCUGACUUUCCUACAAAGGUCAGCAAAUGUCUGAUCUCCUAAUGGUUUAUUUCCAUCUCGCUGUCCAGUUCAGUUCAUUUUGAUAUGGUAAACCCUGAUCUUACAUCUUGUUUCCAAAACUGGCUAAACUCUGGCCCUUUUUGCAGUAAGUGUGGUAACUGUACUGUACUGUACUGUAAGACUGGGAAUGUGCUCACAUCCUUUUUUUUCUGUGCAGCUCCAUUUUUUUAAAUUAUAAGGCGGGUCAUGUUUUCUUUGAUUGACACUUGAUUAGGGCUGAAACGAUUACUCGAGUAACUCGAGUAACUCGAUUAAUAAAAUUCCUCGAGGCAAAUUAUAUGCCUCGAGGAAUCGUUUAAAUCCGGAACCAUGUGCAGCGCACGGUGUUUGACACGGACGGUUAUUUCUGUUGCGCAGAAGCGUGCUCUUUCCGCUCCUUCCGCUGCCGCGCGUUUGGUUCAGUCAUGGAGGGAAACGAGGACAGACAGAAGCUGUGUCCGAAAUGGCAUACUGCCUGCUAUCUACUUACCUACUCAAGCAGUAGCUACUGCCUACUGACUACUCAAAGAUGAUUUGAGUAUGCCGCGGCUGCCCGAGCGUUUACACACAUACAUACUAAAUACCCCAGAAUGCAUUUCGUGCCGGCUGGACGCAGCGCCGGGAAAAUUUAAAUAGUCCUACCACAAGCUACAUAGAACGACUGCAUACCGGACAAAUUAUAUAAAUUCAUUCAAUAAUAAUAUUUUUUCUAGCGAGAAAGUAAGUGUUUACAUCACGAUUAUGAGCCCAGUUGUUUGAAAUAGUGGCUGUUUGUAAAUUUGUCUCGGCGUUUUCGGAGACCGAAGCGUCCACUUGGUCGGUGUUUGCGUCUAUUUACCGUAAACACCGGGCAGCAGCAGCUCCCCCUUCACGUUUCCAAAUUAUUGCGAAGUGUUUUCAUAAUCAACAUCUACACGACACAAACCGGGCGGCAGUGGAUGAAAAAAAUCACACAAACAUCCGUGUAUCCAUGGUGAUAAUGCUAUACACCACCUGCUAGGCGUGUGAUGAGCAGCAGAGGGCUGCAAAAUGACCAACACACAACAACAUGUAGAUAAAAAUGUAACACUUUUAUAUAUUGAAUAAAUGUACAUUUGCUUGUCAAAUUAUGUUAGUAUCCAAGAAUUAUAUUAUUUCAGCCUAUUAAUUAAACAAGUAAAAUUAGAUCCAAAGCCUGGAAAUAGUUGUGACUGGUUUAGUGAAAACUGCAAAGAUCAUUACCAUAGCAAUUAAAAGACCAUCUGCAGACCUUGCCUUCAGUAGUUUCAUGUGAACUACAUGGUAAAAUGUAAAACUUUUGGUUCCUGAUUUAUGCAGUAAAAAUAUUCAUUUGAAAGACCUGGCCUAUUUCAGUUUUGUGUGUUACUGAUGGUUUUUAAUGAGGCAAACGUGAUUCAAUGCAAAGUAUUACAGUGAGAGCAAAACAUUUCUUAUCCGAUUACUCGAUUAAUCGACAGAUUAAUCGAUAGAGUACUCGAUUACUAAAAUAAUCGAUAGCUGCAGCCCUACACUUGAUACAGCCUAUGGGCAUUCAGAGGUUGUGUAGCUCACCUGGGGGAAACACUGUUUGAGCAGAGCGUCAUCACAGCAACUCUCCUGCUGAAUGUGUACAACGCUGCUGCGCAAGUGAUGGUUCCAGGAAGCAGAGAAAAUCCCGGAAAUACAGAAAGCAAUCCAGCUUCAAAUUCGUAUAAUGACGGAAGGCGGUCAAUCAUAGACUGUAUACAGUCUAUACAGUCUAUGAUCGCAUCUCACCUGCAGCUCACAUCUGUCUCAUGCACUGACGAUGCACGGAAUUGAAGGUUUGCAGUGAAGGUAUUUUACAAUGAGCUGUGUGGAACAGUAAGCUGAGGGCUGCGAUGGCUCUGAACUCGCUUUAUCAGAAGCCUGAAAAUAUGAUAGAUAAGUGGUUCCAUAUGCUUUUAAAGUCUGUCCCGUAUUAGAUGAGGAGACAUGCUUUUCUAAUGAAAUUGUGUCUCGGACAGUAACUUAAACAGCGUCAUAGGAAAAAGUUUUCAUCAAUCAUGUUGGUGAGUGACCUUGAUUAUCAGAUAAAAUCAGAUUACAGGAAAUAUUUCUUCUUGUGCAAUCUCCCUCUCUCUUUGCCUUUCGGUUUCAGCUUUAUCCCAGUGGGCUGUACAUGUGCACACAGACGGCCAAUUUUUUACCUGAAUCUGGCCAGACUUCUCCUGCCUGACUCCUGGUAAAAGUUUAUGGAGGAGUCAGGAUGAACGGACCAUCUAAUCUGAACAGUCAGCAGGUUUACAUUUUGUUGAAAAGAUUAACAAUGCUAGAAUAAAAGGAAAAACCAAACUCUACAAAAGGGUUGAACAAUAUAUCAUCUGAACAUCAUAAUGUACUGUAGUCACAUCACAGGAUGUCAGAUUCAUUGACAGCUAUCUCAACACCCUGAGCCCUUUGCUCCUCCAGUAAUGUGCUGGUAAAGCUGAAGCCCAGUCAUACAUAGUAUAAACACUAUUCUUUACAGUAAAAGGUGGAGUCUCAGAGGUUUGAGGUGUUUUAAAUGUGUCAUAGAAGAGCUGCUCUGUCUCUCUUUUUGCUCUUUAUCGUUCCUCUCUUACAGUAGCGCCUCCACCCCUUCAUGCUCCCCCUCUGCUCCCUCCCUUCCUCCCUCUGCUGAGACAGUCUAUUGCCUCCUCUCACUGUUACUGUGGAGAAACCAACAGCAUGCGUCCCAGGAAUGCAGGCACACACACACACACACACACACACACACACACACACACACACACACACACACACUCUCACUCUCUCUCUCUCUCUCACUCACAACCACCCGGUGCCCUGCCAGCUUCGCGGGUCAUUGUAUCUGGCACGUGGCCACUAUCUCUCCUACGUUGCACACAUACACACACCAAGCACACACUCGGCCCUUGCCUGACUCCUGGCUUGGCAGACAGCUCCUGCUGAGUAAGGAGGCCCUCGCUUGCCCUCUCUCUUUCUCACUUGCUCUCUCUUUUUUUUGUGCCCGUAGUUUCUUUUCAGACCAAACCUUCUCUCUUUCGAUGCUCCCUUUAUGUUCACACAGUCGUCUCAUUUUAUCUCUUCCCACGUUUUUAACAUGUUCUCAACCUGCAGACAAGAAGUAAAGCGAAGGCACCACCCUUUUCAAGAACCCCAGCCCCCGUCCAAUCAGAUCCAUCAGGAGGUUUUACUGUCAGCAUGGCUUAGCUGCAGUGCAUGCUUUUGAAUUGACACGUUGUAACUGGAUGUGAGGCUUUAACUCUGGCCAUUAGUCAUGUCUUUACUCCCCUGCUGGCAGUAAUGUCUCAACAGAGAAGAAUUAGAGGUGGGGCAUGGAGGAUUCAGACAACUACAUUCAGCCUUAAGGUAUAGACCAUGUUUCACAAUCCUCCUCACAGUGACUCAUAUUAAUAACAAACAAGACAAUAAGAAGCGGAGUAUGGCUCCAUGUGAACCUGAAAACGGAUUCAGAGGGAUUCAGCAACACCUUGGUUAGUGUGUCACAGCCGGGUCCAUUGUUGAGACUCUUUCUCACUGAGCAUGCUGGCUGUUGAUUAAGGGAUAAGUAUGUUGAAUGACGUCUGAGUCAUCAGGACAAGCGUUAAGCUGUUUGCUUACGGGAACUGUACAAUGACUACUGUUCUGUAAGCUGUAUAGAUGAUAACAGUGUUUAGAGUCCAGGCUGUUCUUCUGUCCUGUCUGAGAUAACUUCACUCAUAGUCUCAUAAAAAAGUUGGUACUGGUAUGAGAAAUAUGGUCACACUCCCUCUGGCUCAUUUUUAAGAGCGUUUCGAAAUGAAGGAGGUGGAAGUGUUUCAUAAGUAAAAGGUUUGGUUGACAUGUUGUCCUACAAGAAUCCUGUUCAGGCCUUUGGGUGUUUUUCUGUUCAGAUGAUUGUAACGUUGCUAACUCGCUACUGUUUUUGAAACUGUAGGCUUCUCUAGAUUGCCUGAAUAAGUGUUUUGGGUGUAGUUGAGAGCCAGAAACAAUCUCCCUUCCCAUGUUCUUCCAUAUUUUAUUAAUAAAUGUAAAAAAUGGGAACAGUCUUGAAAUUUCUUUUGGAAUCACAAUUCUUAAAAUUUUCCUAAAAAUGAACUGAUAUUUUCAAAUGUUUCAAACCUUUGGAAAAACUGAUGAUGUGUUUGAAGUUUAAAAUGAAAAGUUUGUUUUGUGAAAAAUAUGUGCUUGUUUUAAAUUUGAUGCCAGUAAAAACAACAAAACAAAAAACAGGAAUUCAAAAACAACAGCACUACAAAGCCCUUCCAGUAAGACCUCACAAUUAAUGAAGCUGCAACAAGUCAGUAACAUGACUGGGUAUAGCAGAAAGGCAGAGUGUCUCAGAAGUAAAGAUGAGAAGUGUUUCAUUGCAAUGUGAGAGACUGUGUUAGCAAAUAGUUAAACUAUUAAAGAAAAAUGUUCUGCAGUGUUAAGUUUGUGGGAGUUUGGUGAUUUCAGCAUAUACAAAAGGUAGUAUCACUAAAAGUCUCAGAAAAUCUGGAGAAAUUUGCCACAAAAAGGGACAAGGUGGAAAACAAAUACAGGUUACUGAAUGAUCAUCAGGCCCUGCACUGAAAACACAGUUGACUCUCUAGUGGAAGUUACUGCAUGGGCUCAGAAGUUUGUCACUGCAUGUACAAAUGCUAAGAAAACUACCACCAUGAACCAGGAAUACAGCAGCACCUCCCAUGACCCGGUCUGUGACCCACUGAAAAUCAUUUGAUGCCUGAUGUGGUAAAAUACAACAAAAGAGAUCUCAAACUGUUGAGCAGCUGAAAAAAAUGCUUGGCAAAACUGGGAAAACUGGGAAAAGAAAUUGACCUUCUCAUGUAAUUUUGGUAAAAGAAGAGGUGAUGAGCCCAAUGGGAAACAUGGCCCUGUCCUAACUCUGAUGAACGGUGCUGCUGGUGUUGAAUUUGUAAUGAGCCCUUUUUGUAAAGGAAUCAAACUGUUGAAAUCAAACUCUUAAUAUGUUUCCCUGUAAUAUGUUUUGAUGAAAUAUAGGGUAUAACCCAUCAAAAUCUGUUUUCCAUCAACAUUUUCCAUCAAAUCCUCAGACUUUUGUUUCAGAAUUUGGGUUGUUUUAUAAAAAUGUUUAAGAUGAAUGCUCCUAUCAGUCUAAUAACCCACAUGCUGCCAUGCAUCCCUAAUAAAUAUGGUGAUAGGAUACCAUAAAAAAGAUUUCACACCUUUUUUUAAAUGCAGUGUGUGAGUGAGUGAUUUCUCAGAUAUAGUUUGAGAAGAAAAAAGGUGAUAUAUUAAAACACUGUACACAUUUAAUUUUAAAGCAACAAUAAACUAUUUUAUAUUUGACUUUUAGUAAAAACAGUGGGCUCCCCUCUAACAUUCAUCAUCAUACUAAUACUUUUCCAGCAUUUUGAGCAAAAUUAUACAUGUCUCUUCUGAUGAAAACUGAAACUGUAUAACCCAAAUAUAUGAGGUUUUGGAGAAUCACCAGAGUAUUGCAUAACACAGUGUUUCAAUACUGGACUGUAUUUACAUGUCUAAUUCCACACACAACCUUCUGUAUUGAUUUUUCUCCUGAAUCACCCACCCAAGUGUCUUCAAAGCCAGUUCUGGAUACUUUGAGAAAACGUGGUGACUGCUCCCUGAGUCCACUCUGCUCUGGUCUACGUGCCACGUCUCUAACAGCUACAAAUAUCUGUAAUUUUCUGCAUUCAAACUGAUGCUGCAUGGAGGAUGAUAAGCUUCAGAUCUGUGUGGUGACAGUUUUAAUCAGCAGCUGAUCACACAGAACAAUGCUCUUUUGUUUGGGAACAAUGUCUUUCACAAUGCUUUAUCUGUUUCUCAGUGGGUGGCAGUUUGGCGCUGCACUAUCUGAAUUAUGUAAAACGUACGUCAAGAUGCACAGCCUGCUGCUGAGGUUGUCUUGAUUAUCCAUGUCUGGGAUUGUCAUGCUGUUCAGAUAAAUAUAACCCUAAUUUUAAAUUGAAGACGCAGUUGUGAGCUGGAUUGUAGAAAUAAGGGGAACAUCUCAGUGUUUUCUGCAUGAUUGGAUGGGACUACAACUUGUGAGGCCUUGAGGUUUAAAUCAGUUUUAGCCAAUCAACAGACCCUGCUCUACACUCGAGGUAAAAGCAUGUCCAAAAUAUUGUUCCAGCUUCAACCAAAGUGGCCAGCUGAGCCUCGUUCAAGUCCCUCUCUGUUUCUUCUCCCGCUGUUGUUCUGGGGAUGACAAGAAGAUCCUGUUGUGUUUCUAUGGUGUCGCCUGGCGCUGCCUCCAUUCAACAGGAUCUGAUGAACACAACUUGUUUUAAGUAUCAAACCUCUCCAUAGCUCAGCUCUCCUUUAUACCUGAGAAGAGAGGGAGAAAACCUGUGUGUAGAUCUGUGUGUGCCUUAAGGUCUGUGUGUGAGUUUCAUUGUCAUGCCAAGGACAAGCGGGUCCGUCCCGUGCCAAGUGGUGCCAAGCCAGCUGGCUGUCGCUCAUGCUUUUGUUUUGUGCUGCGCUCUGUAUUCAGCCCACAGCACACAUUGUUGUGAAGAGCCUUUUCGCCUGCUCUACCUCACUCACUCUUCUUUUGUGUGUGUGCACAAGAGUGUGUGUUUGUUGGUGUGUCAGUGACCUUGAUGUGGGGGGAAAACUACAAACAAGAGUGGGCCAGUGCGAGAAUGGAGAGAAUGUGAAAAUAAAAGGUGCUGCAUGUUAUUACCUUUUUAAUAUUCACUGGUGUUUGACUCUGCUGGACUCACAGUCUCUGGUUUUCUUCUGCUCACACACUGAUGAGGUGAAGGGCCAUUGCUCAGCUUUGUGGUGGAGUCCUGUUAAUGACUACGCCACCUUGCAUCUCAAAUGGGAUUUUCUCCCGCAUGCUGUGGAGGAAUCCUGUGAGGAGGAAAAAAAUUCAAUCAGUCAUAAGAUUUAUUAUUUGAUCUAAAGUGGACUUUUUCCUCUUGAAUGUGCAUUUGAACAGGACUAUGAAGCCACAAGUAUUUUCCAGAUUUAGCACUGUUAAAAAAAGUUCUAACUCCAUUCAGACGUCAUAGGAAAGAUGCUGCAAUCAUACCUUUUGUCUUUUUCUUUUGGAACCGUUCACUUGCUAAGAAAUCUUUUGAAUAUGUUUCUGGUAAAUAGACAAGCUGCAGGGAUCAAUUUCUUUCUGUAGCUACCUUCUUAAAACACUGUACAUAAAAAGUAUAGUUCAUGCAUAACUGAGGGCAAUGAAGCUAAGUUUAGUGAGCUAAAAUGCACUUUCAUUGAUUUUCUGAACUUACCAUGUCUUACUUUUAUCAUAUAUGUUAACAAAGAAAAGAAUAGGACAGUAGCAUUUGAAAAUUAGCAUCUGAAUUUUGUCACUGCUCAUUAGAGCAUCUCUGCAUGCAGGUGAGAAAAUGUCUGCAGAGUAGCAGUGACUCCGACCGAUUGGUCAGCAGCUGCUGCUGCUGCUGCUUUGUGUUUCUUUAAUCAGUUUUGUUGCACUCAUAACUUUAACGCUGAUUUUAAAGAUUUGCUAUGCUGAAAUAAAGGACAUUUUUACAUCUCUCAGGAUACUUACAGCCCUUGCUCCGGUGUAGCCGUGUUUGUUCUUCUCUGCAUGUAAUGGCACAGUGAGUUGACUUGUUCAGAGCCGCUAAUGUUGUUAACUAUUAUUGGCUGAUUUCAGAUAAUCAACUGAAUUCUUGGAUUAAAUGUUCCUGUUAAUUAUUGAACACUUGGGCCCUGAUCCAAAAUUUGUAGACCAAUGAUGCCACUGGACACCACAGUUAACUGAGUACUCGCUGGAUGCCUGCACACAAAAGCAUUGGUAACAGUAUGAUAUACACAGUGUAGCUUUAAAGACAUCAAGGUCUGCAGUACAUGUAGUUAAUUUUUCAUGUUUCGUUCAUGUCUACAGUUUAAGCCUGAUGUUGUUUAUGAUUUUGCCCAAAUGGGUCCUGUGUUAGGGUGUGAUGAACCAGGAAAGAGGGAGUCAUGUGAAUGUCAGUGUCUGUAUUAUUUUUUACCAAAGUCACAGUUCUCCAAAGAGUCACCACCUACAUUUAAAAAGUUACAUACUGUGAAUUUUAGUUGCAUACCUGUGAGUUAGAAAAAGAAACCUUUGUGUCCAUUGUUAGCUCUCGUGUGUUCUUGAUGAGCUGAUCUUGACCGUUAUGUAAUGCUCAUGUUUGUGUAUCCUUUUCAUUCAACUGUGUAAAAGUUUGGCAGAGCUGUUUCAACAUUGAGUGACUCAACUGACUUGAAGUGCAGAGGAAGAAAGUGGGAGUCUCUGAAGAUGUGGAUUGGCUGGUCUUCCUGCUGUGUUGGUCAAAUUAUCGGUGCUCAUGGUAGCUAUGAGGACAUGUUUUAAGUGUAUUGUCAUGAAUAUUUAUACAAGAGCCCAACCCUUCACUAGCCCCUCACCCUCCCACCUCCUGCAGCCUUAUGUGUCCAAAGCUGUUUUGAAAUCUACAUAAUUUGGGUUUGAAGUGCCUUUCAAAUGGCCUUCCUUGUUUCACCACUUAGCAGAAAUAAGAGGAGACACACUUAUUAAUCAGGCCCUUAUUGUGUGUGUGUGUGUGUGUGUGUGUGUGUGUGUGUGUGUGUGGUUGAUAGAUAACUACAGAGGAAAACCCACAGUGGAGAAAGAGAUGGGAGAUGGAGUGUGAGUGAGGCAGGGGAAACAAAGUCACAAACCCAGAGUGUGUUUGAGAGUACAACAUUAAAUAGGAUGAGAAGGAGGCACGUUGUGGUUUAACAAAGCAAAACCAGUUGGCAGCCACUGGCGAGAUGUUGGUCAACCACAAAUCAAACUGCCACAGCGGUUUUGAAAAACAAGAUUUCCAACUAUUGUAGUAACACUGAUGCAUUAAACCGUUCUCCAUCCUGUCUACUUAGAGAGGCAGUCUGGGUUUUUGUCAUAUUGGGCAAGAGGGAAAACAGGAUACAUUUUGGAGGUAGAAUUCAUGUUGUCCUUGCUGAAGAUGAAUGUCAUUCUCCAUCUGAAAACUAAUAGCAUUGCCAUGUGUUUCAUACUGGAACAGAGUAAAUGUAUUUAAAUGAGUCCCCACUCAUUGGGAUAUGCUCUCUCCUUACCAGAAUAAAGAAUCUCUGAGUAAAAAAUCCCAGGUCAACACUGCAAUAACAGACUGUCAUUAUGCCUGAUCUGCUUUAUGACAUCCCGCUAAGUCUAGUUGGUGUUCAGUCCCAGUAUCCACGAUUGCCAGGCUGUAUCACACUUAUUCAGCAACACUAUUACUUUUCAAUAAGUAAUAGUUGUCCUUAUCCUUAUGGAGCUCCCAUACCUGGUUGUCUCACUAAUUGUUAACCUUCAGAUUUGCUGUUAAAUCCUUUUUCUGCUUUGUAGGGCAGCUCUGUCUCAGUGGUACAGUUGUCCAUCCUCAAUCAGAUGGUUUGAUUCCAGGCCCCUAUGUCCACAUGCCCACAUUAGUACAUUUAAGAAUAGAUUUAUAGCAUUAGCCCUACUGAAACUGGACUUAAAAUAUACAUCUAAGCACAUUAGUCUAACUGAAAUCAAAUUUCUUAAAUUAACAUACCUUGAUAAUGAAGUUGGGAAUCCGUUUUCUCCUCCAUCUUGAAAGCUCAAUAUGAUUGAAACUGGCCUGAGCAUUCUGGGCAUUCUUCAGAGAUCACAUGCCAGGCUUCAACCCAGAAGUUGAAUAAAUGUGUUGCUCAGAAGCCAUGUAGGAAACAAAACCAAAACAAAAGACAGGAGGACAUAAAGAAAGACUGUUUGCCAUUUGCCAAUGUGAUUGUGAAUGGUUUGAUAUAAUUGUAGGUCAACCAGCAUAGUAGUAACAAGCAGAGAAAAGGGCAUGUGGCCUCCAGCUGUAGCCGGGGUUGACAUGUUUCUGUCAAUGUUUCAGUUCUUGUGCGGUGCUUGUCAGCUGGGACAAGGACAUUAGUCCAGUUAAAUCGUGUGAUCCAGCUAUUGCUGUAACAUGACUUCCCUGUGCAUGUUAACGUACUGAGUGUAUGUAGGCAAGACUCUUAACCCCAGACUACUCCUGGUGGCUGUGUCAGUGGUGUGCGAAUGGGAUUACUUAACAUUGAUGGGCUUUCAACUGCAGCCUCUGCCAUCAGUGUAUGAAUGUGGUGUGUUUAGAGUGUCAGAAGUCUGGAGAAGGCCCCGUAUUAAUACAGUACAUUUACCAUUUGUCAUUCAUUCUUGGGUUAAUUAGACAAUUUUCAUUUAGGUCACAAUUGGUCAAACACAUACAUAUUUGAGUGGAUGUGGGGCACACUGUUGACAGGUUCUGUCUUAAAAAAAUCUAGAAGCAGCAGAUGUAACAUCUUCCAAAAAAAACAAAAACAAAUACAAUUUGAACAAUGGAGGACCCAGAAUUGAGCCCUGAGAGACACCACAGGAGCUUUACCCUCCUGUAAGCUGAAAAAAUGUUGCUGAUUUUGGGUCGAAUUAGAAGGAUAAGAUACCAGUUGUACUGCGUCUUAACUGGGAACAUCAAUAUUAAAAGCAUGCAAAGAGGUUUAUGAUGAGUGAUGCAUAGACUAUAUUUGAUUGCCAGCAGUUGAAUAGAGUUUUGAGGCUGAUUUAAACCUUACCUUUUUAGUCUAAACAUGCUUCAUGCAGUAAUGUCCUCUGGUUUCGCAGACAUUAUCCACUACUUCUUAAAUUGCCAUUUUUCAAGUUGUUAGAAUAAAAAUAUUGCAUUGUGUAGCUUUAUUCACCCUCUGUACUUUAAUAAUCCUCUGCUAGUUUAAAUGAAAUUUCAAGCACACAUGCUCAGACAAAGAAAAAAAAAAUGCACAAACUCAAAUGCACAUCCACACAACUGUAGCCCCAGGGUUGUUGUUACUAGCCCUUCAUUGUCCAUACAGGGGGGAUUGGAGUGCUUGCAUCACUGUUGGUUCAAUCUCAAGCUGUCCCUGCACUGUGUGAAUCCAGGCGAUUGUGAUAGGCAGGGAUGUGUGUGCGAGUGACUGUGUGUGUGUUUAUGUUUGCAUGGUGCUGUACAGGGAGAGGCCGUUGAGUGCAUCCUGAUCCCCCCCUAUCUGUCCUAUAUAAUCCACUCAGUGAUAAAUGACAAAGAUACUUAUGAAAGAGGAAAAAUAUCCAGACAACAUGCUCUAAAGUGUAGUGUAUGGGAGGUGGACAGAGUGGAUGGGGAAAUGGAAAAAGAGCAAUUUAAUGACUGAAUGGAGUAAGUGAGAGAGUAGUCUGCCUAUCAUUGUGUCCAUCCAAAAGGUCUCACUCCCUCUCUCUCCGUGUGUGUGUGUGUGUGUGUGUGAUUGAAUGAAUGUCUAGCAAUUGGAAACCUUUUCUUUUGUAAACUUAAGUCUCUGCCAGAGAGCAUUGUGGAGCAUUGUUUACCAGCCCCCCCUUCUUUGUUCUGCCUCUGUGAGUGUGUGUGUGUGCGUGUGCAGUAUGUGUGUCCCUGUGUGACAGUUGACAUUAUCAGAUGAUUGCUCCCACGGCUCGUCUGUGUGUGUGCACACGCACACGCUUGCCUGUGUGUAGUUACGUACAUGACAGCUGACAUUAUUGGAUCCCCACUGUUGUGUGUGUCAGCUGCAUGUGUGUGUUGGUUGACAUUAUUGGAUAAUUGCUUGUGUGUGUAUGUGUGUGUUUGUGUGUGUUCUUGAUUAUUUUCCAUUCAGACAAGGCCUGUGGUUUAAAAACAGGCUGCUCUAAUGGUUUUAAAUCAGAGUUGCAGUGUUGUUUAACCUCCUGCAUCACUUCUUGGUACAGCGUGUUUUUGGCUGAGAUAAACUAACUGUAACUAGGGUUUUGUCUCACUGCAGGUCAACAAGUUCAAGUCAAGUCUGUUGACUUUUAAAACCUGUUUAAUGUUGCCUGCCUGCUGUAACUUGUUUCAGCCAAUUGAAAUUCUGAUGCUUUUCCACACAUGCAUCCCAUAACAGAUUUCAGGACACCCUGUUUCAGAAGUUUUGCAACAAUAUAAUUUGCACAUGUUGCUCUCAUGUAGUGAUGCAGUGGUUGGUUUGUGAUCUGUUAUGACCACCCUGUACUGUUCGGACUGCACACGGUUCAAAUUCGCAGCUAGCUUUGAGUGUUUUUAGUGCUCUUGCCUGUUUCAAACCCGCAUGAGAAAGAUGUCCAUCUGUGUGUCGGCUCUGCUCCUGCAUGCUCAAAAUCUGUGAGUGAAGGAAGUGAAGAGUGCAGGUGCCAGAGUUAAUUUCACAUAAAGGGGAAAUCAAGACAAUAAACUGUUUUUGCUGCACCAAGAGGGGUGAUUUUCAUUAUACUUGCAUUGCCCACACAAAAACAUUUUCCGAUACGUCAUGCUGUCAGGAUAAAGAAAUGAAACAAACUCAUGCACAUGCACAGUUAUGUUGAGCUGCCAUCAUAGCUUGAUUAGGUGAUUCAAUUGGACUUUUGUUCUCGCAGCAAUACACAACCACCAGGUGAGCAGUGGCUUUGUCUUUUAACUCUCUUCUUCUUUUGUUGAGGUUUUGUUUACUACCCGCCAUUCUUUCAGGGCAAUUAUGCUGUUUGAUAUCUAGCUGUGAAAACACUCAGGCCGGUUUGGGUGCAAUUGAGUUGUACAUGUGCAAAAAAAAAUGGAUCCUGAACCACAUUAAUAAGUAUGUGAGUCCAACAACAAGAAUACACUCAUUUAGGGCUGUAAAGUCCUGGUCGACUGGUCAACUCAUUGGUUGAUUCGUGCUGAGCCAACCAAAAUUCUGAUUGGUUGACUUGAUUUCUUCUUCAGCGUCAAUUUACAGUCUAUGGUUAAUUUCAUCAGGAGGCAUGUACCAAGUGCUAAUGGGGGUGUUUUCAGAGCACCCCCAUUUCAAAGGCCUGUCUCACAACACCCCCCUUGUUUUCACUAUUUUGGAUUCAUCCAACCCACUGGAGACAGAAAGAUUGAAGAGCGUCCACGUCAACGUCUGGUGGUUUGCUGAAUAUAAUUGUGUUUAAUUGCCUUCUUGUGAUGAUAUCAGUAUAUUUUUACCCCGCUGAGCUGUGCUCCACUGAGCCGCGCUGUACGGGUUUGGCGUCACAGUAGAAAACACCACCCACCCCACCCCACCCAGUUGUUUUUGGUCAAAAAUUUCAGGGUUUCAGUCGACCAAGAAUUUCUUUGGUUGAUUACAGCCCUACACUGAUUGUGACUAAUGUCAGUCUCACAUGAGAGCAUGUAUGUUAGAAGUCCAGUCUGAGGUGGACCAAUUUAACCAAUGGAUUGUUUACAUAUAGAAGAUGACUUUAAGUUGAGUUGAUUCCUAAUUCACUGUUUUAUUGAGUGUAUGUUUCUCAACAGUUCAGUAUAAAAGUAAUAUUAGAUAUAACUUAUCAUUAUAGAAUAACUUUAUCUUUGUUAAAUAAGACUUUUCUGGGAUGGCGUGCAAUUGGCAUGGUGACUCUUUGUGCCUUUCACUGUAGUUAGAGUCAUGGCUUAGCAAGGAGCUGGAAGGUUAAAUAAAUUAAUAGAUAAAGUGUAUUUUAUCUCUCUAUUGGUUUUUGGUCCAUCCAUGAACCAAAGUGAACCAACCAGAGAGAUUUGUGAUCCUAUAAACAAAGUUGAAGGUCUACUUUUAGUAAUGGGUUUUCAAGUUGAAGAGGAGAUACGACUGGAAGAUUUAAUCGCCCUUGAGGCAGAUGUUUUAUUUUCCCCCAUUCAGAGUGUUUAUAAAAUGAACUGAAGGACUCACUGGUCACUCUGCAAAGUUAUUCAUAAAAAAAGUGGACUUGCACAUGUUUGACUCAUUCAACUGCUGGGUUCAUCGCUCAUGUUUCAUUGCUUUAAACUUGGUCCUGUAGCAAAUAGAGUUUGUGGUGCAGUGACAGAUUCCAAUGAAUAUUUGAAAUAACUGAAUGAACCUUCACUGGCAUAAAGCUCAUUUGAUUAAGCUUGAUCCCGGCUUCAGACUGCAGGUUCAAUGGUGUAGCAUGUCUGUUAAUGUGGCUUACAUCAUGGACAGCCUGUUUUAGUGUUAGAUGCUUUGAGAGCUUUAGUUAUGUUGUGUUUUUAUAGUCCAACAAGUUCAGAACCAUCUCCACUCUUUUGUCCUGCUACCUCAUGUUCAUUUCAUCAGCUAUCGUGUGUUCACAUCCAUCCUCCCCCUCCAGCAGCUCCUCCACAAGGCCUCCUGGCUGCUGCCUGCCUGCCUGCCAGCCGCCUCUCACCCAUUGUGGGCUAACAAAGGCAGGCGAGGCCCCAGCCUCAAGGCCUACAGCCUGGUUCUUGGAGGGGGCUUCAGGGUGGGCGGUGCUUUGGGGAGGAGGGGUGUGCUUGCCCACAAAAGGGAGGGGAAGCUAGGGGGGUGGAAGCCAAGAAAAAAGCAGGUCACGCCCAGAUUAAAAUUCAAUGUAUUGCCUGUGUAUGACUGUCUGCCUACGUCAGCAAUCUGGCCUUGGUGCUUCAUGUGAGUGUGGGUGCAGGAAGCAGAGAGGCAGCAGGGAUUGGAGAGUCUCAGGGUUUCUAAGGUGGAUCACCAGAGGAGGAGGAGGAGGACAGCUAGAAAUAAGAGCGGGAGUGACAGAGGAACAUGUGGAGAGAGAGAAAAAUGUGUGUGUGGAGAGGAAAAAGGAGGAGGUGGUAAUCAGAGUGUCUGGCUCCUUCAUUGCUCUACUUCAACUGUUUGAGCCCAACACACCUUCAGGGUGUGUGUGUGUGUGUGUGUCUGUGUGUGUGUGCGCGCUUUUGGGAGGGGAGGGAGUCUUCUUAAUGGGGCUGCAGUAGCGUCAUAAUGCAUGCAAGACAAAGCUGAUUUGGUGAUGCAUGCUUCCUUUGUGUUGGUGUUACGUUUGAGGGGGGUCUCGGUAAUACACACACACACAAACACACACACACACACAAUCCAAUCCGCCUCUGUUUUGGGCCCCAUCCCCAUAUGGUGGCUUGGCUUGAUGAGAGCUUGAUGAAGUCAACCAGAAGUCCCCCACCCUUCUGUGUGUGUGUGUGCCUGCAUGCGUGUGUGUAUGUGCAAAUCUGUGAUUGCUUUUCGGCUAAUGGAUAAAUGAGAGUUUCACCCUUGCAGAGCUUUUGUGCGUGCAUGUGUGUGCGUGUGUGUGUGUGCAUGUGUGUGCGUGUGUGUGUGUGUGUGUGUGAGAGAGAGAGAGGAGCAUGGGUGGAUCGUCAGCUUGUAUAUUGGCUUGCAAGCUGUUUUCAUUAUAUUUCAUUAUUCAUGUUUCAUGCAUGAUUGUGCAAGGGGAGCAAUGAUCAGCUCUGCAGGGGCGAAGGCUAAUCAGGGGCGUAAAGGUUUCUAAACUCAGACGUGCAGACGGUCCAACUAAACCUCAAAUGUCACAACCUUUGCAGCAGACAAAAUAUUUCCCAGAAAGAAGAGGCAAAAAGAAAACACAAAAGAAAACCCACAGUCAGUAUUUAUUUUCAGAUUUGAAGAGACGUACAGUGCCAGCAGGGAUUGAACCGAGUCCGCGUCUGCUGCUUCUUUUGUUAAUAUGAACCCGGUGAGACUAGCUGUUUCUAUGGUAGAGGGGCAACCAGAUUAACCAGUAAACCAGCAGCAUUUAUUUUCAUGUCCCUGGGUAGGCUGAAAAUCCAAACAGUGAGUCACCUCAAGCAUAUCUAAAAUUCCCAUCUAAAAUUAGCUGAGGUCAUCGCCUGCGAAUAAGCGCCGAGGAAGUAUCUCUGCAGCUUUGUUUGUCAGGAAUAAAGCCCAAGCACACAAGGAAAUAUUGAUAAAGUAUUGUACAAAAUAUCAGAAAGUUGCUAAAUCCCUCAAACUGUGUUUUUGCUAAUUUCAUGCGCCCCUGCAGUUUUUAAAGAGUGCAUCACCUGCUUUGCGAUCCAAAGGUCAAGAGUUCUUCCUCUCAAAGGUCCCUGGAGUAACUUUUGUUCACUCUUCAGACAUGAAUUCUGCUGCUUUCAUCAGAUGUUUGCUUUCAGCUGCACACUAAACAAAAAGCUCUGAUUAAUAAAGCUGGAUUUGUGCUUCAAAAUGUUCAGCUUUGUGCUCGAUUGUGUUUGUGCACAAACUACAAAUGCGGGGCUUUGUGCUUCCUUCCUCUGUGUGUUUGUACACAGAAAACGCCGUCAGAGUGAGCUUUUUCUCUUCUCCUUUAUGUGUUUUGUUGCCACCUCGCCGUUCCUUGUGUUGUGUCCGCCAACUCAGAAUGGAGCCAUUUUGUCUCCUUCAGUUCCUGAAAUGAAAUAUAAGCCUCUUAAAUGCAUACUUAUCUUGCCCUGCAGACUGUGCUUCAAGAACAAACACACACAUGCCUGCAUGCACACACACACACGCUUACACACUUGCUAAAGAGGCAUUGUGAUGCCAGCUCUUGUUGUUCCUAAGACGGCGGCUGCAUGCAUGUGGCAGAUGGUUGUUCCUUUUUUGCUUUGCAUGCCGCCAUAUUAAACAAAAAAAGCACAGCUAAGGCCACGGCUGGUUUAGGAAAAGGGCAAAGUGCGCGAGAGACGGAGAAAGACGAGACAAAAGAGCAGCAAAAGGAGAGACAGAGACAACAGGCUGGGCAUACGCAACACAAGCAGGAAAUCCAUGUGUGUAGAUGUGCAUAUGAGAGCGUAACCACAUUAACGCUGUAGGCACUGCUUGCACAGAUGCAGACUGACACACAUUCUGCUCAAUUUGCACAAAAAAUUAACCAGAAUCCUAACAACUGAUGCAGAUGACUGAGUUGCUAUGCAGGGAAAGAGCUCAACAUGUAGCUGAUAUCAUGUUUUGUGUGUUUUUGUGCGUUCAUAUAUAAAUAUGUGUGAAUUUCUAUCUAAAGCUCUUCUUUAGAUCAUUUGAGCCGAAAUUCAGAGCAGUGACCUUUAGGAACUGUCUGCCUCUUUCAUAUGUUCUGAUGUUGGUGUGCGCGUCCAUAUCACUGAAUGCCUCUGUCUUUCUUUCCUAGAAGGCGGAGUGCCAUUCCACUGACAUUUCAAUCAUCCUCUCAACUUGCCCAUGCACACUCUAAAUCCCAGUUUUUCUUCUUGUUCUGGCAGCAACAGCGAAAUUAAUCUCUGUAAAGUCUCUUGAAAUGUAUAUAAUCUGUGAAAGAGAAAGCACAGAUGAAGGCUGCUAGAACCCAUGAUCAUACAAGCUGCAGCAGUUUCAAACAUUGUUAGUGCCUUUGCUAUGCUAACAUCAGACUUGUGCUGUCCAUGGCUCAGAUUCCCAAGCCGAAGAAGCAGGAAAAAUGCUGCCAUCGAAAAAGAAAAAAAAAAAACCUAAAUUAUGAGAUGAGUCCAUCUAUUUCAAGACUCAGGGCAUUUGUCUUGAGCAUAUAUUACAGAACUUACAGCUGACAGUGAAGUAAACAUUGAUUUUCUGCCAACCAGUUUGCAUUUCCAAACUAGUUGCAUGAUUAAGAUAACGGUCCCGAACAUUACAGUUAGUCCUUUGAGCUUAUGAGUAAUAGUUUAAAGUGACGUUUUACAAGCUGUCUGACCAGUUAAACCAAUAUUCUGUUUAUCAAUAACAUCUUUACAAUAGAUGUAAGAACUAAAACCUGACUGGUUUCAGCUUUUCUUUUAAAUCCAGUUUUAUAAUGAUAUAAUCAGUGUAAACAGACACUGCACCUCACAUUAUUGUGACAUGUGAAGCCUAAAUACCACCUUGAGACCACCAAGUCUACGCUCAGCCCACAGCUGAGUGUCCUAUCUGUAAACAUGGAGGAGAUGUGGAUUAAGACUAGUCUGCUUCUUUGUGCUGAUGUUUUGCUGGUAAACAGACAAAAUAUGAUUAACAGUCAAGAGGCGAACUGGUUAGCAAAGUAUUUCAAACUCCUGUUUUGGCUGCUCUUUUACAGCUUUGAAUUGAUAUCGUGGGGAAAAAAAAAGAUAAUUAAAAGUCCUUCCAGAUUUAAAACAUAGUCAUGAUUAUCUUGACUCUAACUCAUUUUAAACAUGGCUUUUUAGUCAAGUUUUUUUUUCUUUUUAAAUCUGCACAUGCAUGUUUGGCUUUGUGUUUUAAUUGAUGUUUUCAUACAAAUAAAAUUCCUGACAGUUAAAGUUCUUGAAGUAGAAAUUAAAGUCGAAUUUGAAUAAUUUCUAUGAUCAGAAAUAAAAAGGCAGACUUUUUCGUACCUUCCUGAUAGUGUAGAUGUUGGUCAUGUUUGCAAUGUGGUUCAUGCUGAUUUGAAAGGGUUAUUUCUUUUCUGCAGAAAUGAUCAUCAGUGUCAUCAGGGGUAUUGUUUGAUGUGAGGUGACUCACAUUUUCUGUUGGACAUUUGCAUAGCAUUGUAUCUUUGCAGAUGCCUCCAUUCUGCUGUCUUUGCACCUGACUGCUUCUUGUGCUUUUGUUGCUCCUUGUUUGAACUCCUCACUAUAUCUGGCGUCAAAGCUUGAGUCUUAUCCAUGGAGAAAAAUUAAAACAGGAAGUUUUCCAGGAGACAGUGAGUGUAUGCUUUAUCACCUUCAGGGGAUUGACAUUGCUCAGUGUUUGCAGCUUGAUAAAUUGCUUCUGCUUGCCUCUUUGUAAGCGUGGCCAGACAAGGCCGCAGCACAAUAAUGCCUCUACACUGCAAACAACGGGCAGGAACAUAAAAACACGGUCUCCUUAUCUCUAAUUUAGCCUUGGGUGAACAGGGUUUACACACAGUGGAGAAAGGACAGCUCCCGUGUAUGACACACAAACAUACCACGGCCCUCAACUUAGCUCCAGCAAGCAUUUCUACUCUCUGGAUUUUUCAGUUUCACAUCCUCUUGCAGAGCUGGAAAGCAGUAUUUGUAGCUUUUCUCUGUACAUAAUCACCUUUAUUCUUGGGUUGCAAACACUCACAAUCGCAUGGAUCGACCAAAUGACCCUCCAUUAAUACCAGAUUGUAUGCAGGCUGUGAACUGCACCCCUUUGGCUUUCAGGCUGUAAAGCUUGCCUUCUGAUUAGACAGGUGAAGUUCCUGAUUGAAUCUCAGACGCCACCAAGCAUGAGGUGCCAUAUCUGUCACUAUCUAGACAUAAAUAUCUGACUUCAGAAUUUGUUUACAGGAGAAUGGCCCCAUUUAAUACUGAGAAAUCUUUCUUGUGCAUUCUUUAAGUAAGGUUUUAUUCAUAUGACAACAAGGAGCUGUAUGCAUCUCAUCUUAGGCCAGCUUUUGGUGCUACAACUAGGUAUUGAAUCACACUAAAAACACCUCAUACCUGCACAGACAGGCAUUCUUUAACAGAGAGGUAGGUUCAAAGAAAGAGAAGGACCAAUAACCAAUAACUUUAUGUGGAGGAGCGUCAAUAAAUGCAGUAGUUCAGCGAAACAUUUCUAAGUAGUCAGCCUUUGUUAGUUUUUGUCCCCCUGCUCAUACAUGGCCGUCUGACUAGGAGUGUAUAAUACACAGUAGUGUACUCAGGGUGGGGGAUCGGGUCUGAAAAAAGCCUACUGGAUGUCCUUUCAGUGGAUAAUAUCUACAAAAGUGUCCUUUGGCGCCAGCACAAAAACAUGCAAAAAGGGACCCUCUCCCUUUUUGCAUGUUUGUGUGUCUUCUGAAUGCAUUUCUCAUGAAUAAGAUCUAAUAAAAGAUCCCUCUAUAUGCCCUUCCUGUGGGGAAAAAAAAGUGUAAAAGGGACUAUCUUGAUGCACAGCUAGCAAAUAAAUUCUAAAAAAAAAAAAAAAAAAAGAGAAGAAGAAGAAGAACAUCUCUCCACCACAUCCUCCACUUAGUCCAGCUUCAGUCCUACCACAGAGCCAGACUUUUUCACCACUUUGUUAAGACGUCUUGCAUCUUUGUGUUUCAUACUUCCUCAACAGACUGCAGCGUACAGCAGAACACUUGCCACAACACACCGAUAAAACAUCUGCAGCGUCUUACUACAGAUGUCUAUUGAUCGGAGUUUUCUCAGGCAAAAAUGCGGCUCUGCCAAGAGGUGCCCUUUGUGUUUCUGUCAGCCCUCGCCCUUAAACAGCAUGAAUACACCCCUGUUAAUAUCCAUGUGUAUGAGGUGUUUUUUUCACUUGUUUACAUACAUUUUUAGGAACAAGCAAGCCUAAUGGUGCUCCUUUCUCUCACAGUUUUUCUCUUUUAGAAAAACAGUGUCUUUUCAAAGCAUUCUACCCCUCCUCCAUCUCAAUCUUUUCCCUCCACUUCCUUCAUUUGUCCUCCUUCGCCACCCUUUGCUCGGUCAGGUUUGGGAACUUAGCACAUACACGUCAGCUUUUUGCCAAUUUCCUCUGCUGUCAGCUCUGUCAAAUCUGCAGUUUUGCCCCGUUCUUGUAGUUUCCACUGUGACACCUCAGCUGAAAGGGACUUGAUUAAACCUUUCUCUCUCCUCUUUCUUUCUUUCUCCCCUUUUCUCCUCCCUCAUCUCGCUGUUCUCUCCUCCCCCAUCGCGACAGAAUGGAGCAAAUCAGGGAAUCAAUUCAAUGUAAUCAUGACAAAUGAGUCCCGGCGGUUAGCAGGGAUUUUUUGUGCGUGUGUGUGUUCGGGACAGGGCUGCUGGGAAAUCACAAAUGAAUCAAUCAGCUGUUAUCGCAUCAGCAAACACUGCAGGAGGGAGGGAUGGAAGGAUGGAUGGAUGAAUGAUGGAUGGACGGAUUGUCAGAGGGGAGGAGAGGAUUCAGUGUACUCUAUGUGUGUGUGUGCAUGCGCACGUCUGUUGUGCAGAGAUAGAUGGCUGAUUGAAUACAGGGCCAUGUGGGUGCCUGUCUGUGUGUGAAUGAGAGCGAGCAGGGGGGUGCUGUGUAAACCUUGGAGCUGUCAGAACAGAUGGGAGAUGGGAAUGGCCGCAGGCUGCAAGCGAUGUGUUGGCUGCUGGAGGAAGAUGAAUCCUGCGUUUGGCUGCUUUUGGAGAGGGGGCAGCGAGAUUAGAGAAAAAUACAGCGGUGGUGGGAUUUUCUGUGUACUGGGUGUGUAACUGCUAAAGACAGUUUCCUGAUCAAAGUUAAUAUUUCUUAGCAGUUUACAGUGAGCGAGACAAAGUCAGUGUUUGUAUGUUGCUGCUGAGAGCUGCAUUUAUGAUAUUGUGCAAAUUUAGAAUUUAAAGCUCCUCUGAGAAGUUUUUUGAUAUUUAUCAAAUAGACUCAAAUUCAUAUUGAGGCCUUAUCAUGAUAUGCUGAAACAAAUAAGACCAUCAGAAAUCAGCAGGAGCUUUAACUAAAUAAUUGUGAACAAGUUAAAUAGUUGAACAUGUGAGUGUUCCUGGUAGAGCCUGGCCUUAAUGACCAUUUUAGGCUUAUAAAACACCAAUUUUAGAGUAUUGGACCGAUUUGCAAUAAUACUUACAUGUGGUGGGAAAAGCUGUUUUGAUUUUGAUUAUGCACCAAAUGUUUCCUUGUCGUGACACUGCGAAGGUUUCAGGAGGUGCCUGUCUGAAUCUAAAACUGUUUCAAGAGUAUUUUACAUUGUUGUACUGAACAUUUUCAUUAGUUUAGUGGCGACCACCAUCAGCAGUGGAUGCUAAUACCUACGUUGUAGACAAUGCUGAAAGUCAUGUGGAUUGAUGAGUCUGCAAACAAACUAUGACAAGGGAUUAUUCACCAUCUGCACCAGCCCAAGGGUUUCUUUCUGCAGCUUCUGCUCUGUUUAAUACAAGUUUUAGAUUAAAAAGGUGUACUGAUACAAAUACAAUGCAUCUAUUUGACUCAAUUCUGUGGGCAAACAGCAAAAUGUUAAGAUCCCUCAAUAAUUGUAUUGAUAUCAGUAAAAAAUCAACAAUCCCCAUCCCCGCAUUAAUUCCUGUUAAAAGCCCUAAAUCUUUGUUUCAUACUUAGGCAUGUGCCGAUAUGAACAAUUUUAUAUCACGAUAUUGGUGGCCCAAAAUAUCACGAUUCACGAUAUUAUCACGAUAUUAGCGCGUUGCUUUUAACAUUAAUAAAAAUGGCAAAAAAACUGCGAAAUCACUUCUCUGUCCACAGUAUGACACGCACAAACAAUAUGAGCAAGAGGCAGCUAACGUGACAUUGGGAGCAUUAGCUUUUUGGAGCUAAAGUUAGCUGAAACGUCAUGUUGUCAAUAAUGAGCAGUAAAAUAGACCAAACUUGUUGCGGUCAUGUUGUUUUUACCUUGAUUUGGGCAAACGAUGCUGGAUGGUGUUCACAGAUGUGGGCACGUAGGUUUGAAGUGUUAGACAACAGCGCUGCAACUUCCUUACGGCAUAACCUGCAGAUUGGUGUCAGGUUUACCUGCUCCAUCUGUUUUGUGAAGCUGUAAAAUGUCCAUACUGCUGACGAAACCUUUUUAAUAGGAGGAUACAGCUGAGGCGUUUCAUUAUUCUGAGUCUCCAACUGUUCUUGGUCCGGUGUUAUGCCGUAGAAUGCACCCCUGAUUUCAUUCAGACUAUUCAGAUAAGCCGAAAACAACAGCCCUCUGAUUCGGAAUAUUUGCUGUCCCGAAGAUAUAAUGCUCUCUACCAUGACAGCUUACUGUACAGUUUAUGUACCCAAGUACACCUCUAUAUGAAUUUUGGGACACAUAAAAACAGAACGAAAGUUUGCUGCUCCAUUUGACAUCCUGUCAUGAUCCAAUACUCUUGUUUUUUAUAAUAUCAGACCAUAUCUCCUCCACUUUAAGACGCUAAUGAGCAGAUGGGAUGCAUUGUGGACACGCUUCAACAGUGCUUUGAGUGGCCGCAAUGCAUUGUGGGUGGCCACGCAUUUUGUUGUAAAAUUUCUUCAUUUUCUCUUUAAAUGUUCCCGUUUUUGUUAGGCUGGCAUUAAUGUACUUAAAUUGAGAGUUUUUUUGGAUUUGGGACUACUUUUGUGGUGGUUUAUUUGUACAUUGUGCUACCGAGGCUUUGUCACCGGGGGUAAGACUACAAGCCUAGGUUGUUAAGUACUCGGCUUCGCUUGCCUCCGCUAAGUGACACCGCAACUCGUCUUAAAGUUAUAAAUGUGGAACGAUUUUUACAGUACCUUAAGAUUUCAUAAUCGUGGCCGUUUACUAUCGUAUAUAUCGCAAUUACAUCGUAUAUCGGCACAUCCCUAUUCAUACUAUUGUAAAGUUGUGUUUUGAAGCACUCGCCCUCAAGGACCACUGCUCAGAAUUUGAAGCCAAAUUAUCUCUUACAAAGGAAAUAUGCCCAGAUGUAAACAGGAUAGAUAUAUGGGAUUUCACUCCCCUUAAAAGUGCAGCACUAGUCCAGGCUGCCCAUAUUACCAAAAACCUGCUGCUGUAGCUUCAGGGAUGUGUUGACUCCUCGGUGUUUGGCUUGUGCAAGUUAAGGAUGUAAUUGCUUUUUUAGCCAGAGCACCAAAUGAACCCGAUGGAGAGAAACUGAAACACCAGACUGCAAUGAGUGCAGAUGAUUCAGAGCUUAGGGGGUCACUGAGUUCAUCCGAGUUCAUAAAAAUAAUGUGAACUUCUCUUCGCUCUUGUCAUCCAAACACUAAAUGAGAGACAAUCAUUUGGCAGACGGCUCUCUUGUGGUGCCGACUUUUAUUGUUUCCUUUAAUUUGCCAUCCUGUGUACAGCUUUAGAAACAGCUAAAUGAAGGGGCAGAUUUGUUUUUGCAGUGCAAGUUUGGUAGCAGCGGGCAGCUCUGUGGAGCAGGUAGAUAAAUAAAAUCCAAGAUUGUCUCCAUCAGUUCUAAAAUUCUCUUCAGGCAGGGUUUAUCUGUCAGUCUGUCUGCAUUCAAGGUCUGUGCAGACGCUGUGGUUGAAUAAAACAAGUUUAUGAAUGUGUCUGUUUGUUUGUGUGUGUGCACAUGCACCCUUUGGCUCGCUUCCCAGCCUCUAUCUCCCCAGCUGAUUAGGGGUUAAUGGUCUAUGAGCAUGAGGAGCAAUCUGCCUCCGGAUUGGCUGGCUGGCUUUGUGUGGGCGGGGUUGCCAUCAAGUGACAGAUGGCGUACAACAGAGAAGGAGGAGGCAGGUUUGGAGUGCAUUGAGUGUAUAUAAAUAUACAUUGCGCUGAGUGUGUGUGUGUGUGUGUGUGUGUGUGUGUGUGUGUGUGUGUCUGUGUGUGUGUGUGUGUCGUGGGGGUCUGUAAUUACAAUAGAACAUGCACAAUGGAUGUCUCUCUGGUGUUUUCUGAGUCAGUCUUUACAUGUUUUAUGUGUUUUUUACACAAAUCCUCAACAAUUCCCCGCAGGACUUCACGGUGUAACACAUCCAGACCUAUGUAGUAAUGUGAAGUGUGACCAGCAUGGGUUAUUAUGUAAUCAAGAUUAAAAAAAGAACAAGUCAACGAGUAAAAUCAGAGCAGAGUCAGAAUAAGGACUGUGGCCAGGGUCUGAAUGCGUGCACUUCUGUAGAGAUGAUGUACAGAGUGUUCAGAGCGCAGUUGUUCGAAACCAUAAAUGAAACACACACAUACACACUUCCUUCCUCAUGAAAGAUGUCAGUGGUGGUCAUGUGUGUCUCUGUUUUCAAGGCGAGCAUGCAUACCUGCAUUAGAGCAGACAAAGAGAGCACAUACACACACACACACACACACACACACACACACACACACACACACACACACACACACACACACACACACACACACACACAUACAGGGCUUUGUGAUGCUCCCUCAGGCUUGGCAACACUCCCAGUUUACACACAUCACACUCCUAAUUCACCUUUGUCAGAAAUUCAUUGGUUUUGCAGAACCAGUCCAAUAGCCUAGCAUAGACCAGAACGAGGAAUGUGUGUGUGUGCGUGUGUGUGUGUGACACAAACAGAUCAGUGAUAUCUUCAGUGAAUAUCACUGACUGGUUUGUGUCUUUUCAUCACCAUGACAUUAAGAACAAAAGCAGACAGGCUGUGAAAAGGUUGUGUUGUUCACUGUGUUUAUGUGAGUGUGUGUGUGUGCCUGCCGACUGUCUGAUGCAGUGUCUUUUUAUCAAGUGUCAUUGCAUCUCCAUCUGCUGAAGACACACUGUCUCCCUUUGACUGAACACACACACGCACGGAAGCAGUGUGUGUGUGUGCGUGCGUGCGUGUGUGUGUGUGAGAGAGAGGGAGAGAGAGAGAGGAGUUUGAUACCAAGCUUUGAAUAUUCAAUCAUUAAGCUUUGAGACAUACUGCAUGCUUGAACAAAGAAAAAACUAAUAAAUUGAACUCUGGAGAACCUCAGGGCUUUGUCCUGGGUCUCCGUCUGUUUAUGAUAAAUUGUCUUAAACUGUGCAUUCGCUGUCAAGUAACCUUCUCAUGCUCCUGAAUAUGUAAAACUAGCUAACUUAAAAUGUAAAACUUUUGGUUCCUGAUUUAUGCAGUAAAAAUAUUCAUUUGAAAGACCUGGCCUAUUUCAGUUUUGUGUGUUACUGAUGGUUUUUAAUGAGGCAAACGUGAUUCAAUGCAAAGUAUUACAGUGAGAGCAAAACAUUUCUUACAUCACAUUCAUCCCAGUGAUUGUACUGACUAUUGGCUUCAAUGCUACAGACCCAAGACGGAGGAGGGAGAGAGACUGAGUUUAAAGUUAAAACAGAAAAUUGUUACAAAGUCUUUUUACUUCAUAUUAUCUGGUUUCAAAACUUCUACACUUAUCUUAAGUGCUAAACUGCAUUUCUGGAGGUAGGUGUAGAUUUGACUGAUGACCGACAAGACAUUAUUUAGACAGCUCGGAGGGGGAGAUAGCUCUCAAAUGUUCCCCAGACGCUUUUAACAAAUGCACUCCUUGGAUUUUAGCCUGAUCUUUUGCUCACCACUGUGAUGAUUUCAGCACGAGAAGAUCAAAUUUGGACUCCCUCACACUAAGAUGCGGUUUAGUGCAAACUGGCUCUACAGGUAUAUCCAUUAUAGGGAAGGCAGGGAGCAACAGGAAACCUUUUCUCUGACAUUUAUGAUAUUACGAUGAGCUGUGAGACACAAAGAUUGGUUUUACAGGUAGACUCAGCAGGAGGGAGAGAAGUUUGAACAAUUUGGAUUCGUUUUUAUGUCUAACAUUAUGAAGAUUCAUCAGCCCCCUCUGUCUCUCUACAUUUUUUUUUCCCGUCACUUUUAGCAACUUUAUUAAACAGCCUGUUUGGCUCCAUAGACCGUUUUGACAUUGUUCAGCCAUGUCCUUUUCUAAAAUCAGUUGGAUGUGUGGAUACAUCAGCAGGUCUUAGGUGUAGCUGGAGUGUUUUAGAGUUGAUAUGAUGGAGAUAAAAAAAACUCCACUCGAGUUGCUUGAUUAAAGUCGGGGUGCUGGGUUGGUGGGUAGUACUCGUGAUUCAGCCAUGUGCAGACUAAAAAUGGUAGUGCAUGGGAAAAAGAAAAAGGCUUUGCUUUGGCAUAAGUAUGUUUCUGUCGGUAACUGUAAGUAGAGCAACAUGAUGAGUGAGAGUUCAGAGUUGUAUUUGCGUCACAGAAUUUACAGCAAUGCAAAAGAAAAAAUAUUUUUCGUGAACAUGCAGUGCUUUUCACAAAGUGUACACAUCUAACCAGUUAUCGCACACAAGCCUGGGUAUAAUGACCAUGCUUUUAGAGCUUAAGCUAACGGUCACUCAGUUUUCUUGUUAUUGUGUGAUAUUUACUGUGCUUUAUUGUCAUCUGUUGUGUAAUAAGGUUUUUUUGGUGCUCUUUCUAAAGCAUCUAUUGUUCAUUUUUUAUGUUUUUUGAUUAAGGUUGGCAAACUGCAAAGCUUAGGCUAAAAGUGCUGAAGUUUCUAGUGUUAGUUUGGUUGCUUGAUGCUUGUUUCCUUAAAAAUGAACAAAAUGAGUAACACAAUAAAAAAAACAGAGCAAAUUUAGGAGUAAAAAAAACAUUUUCUUUUUAGUUUUACUAACACAAAUAAGCAAACUUUUAGGAGUAAAAAAAAACAGUUUUAUUAAGAUUUUGCUAACACACAUAAGCUAACUUUUAGGAAAAAAAGAAAAAAAAAAAGAUUUUCUUUAAAUUCUGCUAACACACAUAGUUUACUUUUUCUCAGAUGAUAGCUGAUGAGUUUUGGGAUGCCAUGUUAGCCAGUUGCGUUAUCCCCUGUAUCUUCACACAGAUAGUUUUCUCAUGAUCAAAGUCUGAAGUGGUCUACACAUUCUAAAAGAGAGGAUGGUCGUUGAUGAAGCAGCCGGAGCGGCACUCUGAGAGAUAACUUAGAACUUUUAAAAAAGAUGUUGAAGAUUUAUUGUGAAUCUGAAAUAAUUGUUAGAGCUUGUGACUUUUCAGGUUACUAAUCGAGUGAACAUUCAUACAUUUUUAACUGUUUUCAUUCCAUUCUGCAACUUGUGAUCUACCAGAAUAAGUUCAAAACAAAGGCAUUGUUUAAAGAAAUAUAAAACAAGCUAAAUGCAAGACAGAAAAAUAUCAUGAAAAAAGUGUUUAAUGAGACAGUCUUCCACUUAAGAAGUUUCAGUCACAGGGCUAGUGAAUCAUAAAUUUGAAAACUGUUUGAAAUGGCUGAAGAAGUAAGGAAGCUGCGUUCAUUAAUGUUCAUGAAGUGAUCUGUUGCUUCAUCUUUGUCUAAGCUUUUUUUUAAUUUGACUUUUUGUGUUGGUUCAUUUUCAAGUUUUCAUAAAUAUUUCAAUAUUUUCAGGCCACUAUAACUGUGAGAUGAAAUCAGGUAUGGUGACAGCUUGUCUUUACUAUUUCACCUGUGGGUUCCAGUUGAUAUAAACCUUUUUAUUUUGUUCAGGGCUCUAAUACUCGUAGGUUCUGCUUUCUUUGUGAUUCCGUAUCUUGUUGUUUCGGUAGCUGUUUAUUGGAAGGCUGUGUGUAGGAUUGAGAGUAGACCAGAACAGUGUGUGGUUAUUUUGCUGGUGGGAGGAUUUGAGCAAGGAGUUGGGUCUCUGUGUCUUCGGUCAGUUGGUGUGACAACAGUGUGCGUCAGUCCUUUAAACUCUUCAUGUGGUCGUCUGUUUCCGCUUGUUCUCCUGGAGCUCUUCAUCUUUCUUUGUCAAAGUGAAAGCAGUUUGGAGUUGAUUGGGUCCCAGCGUGUGUGUGUGUGUGUGUGUGUGAGUGAGUGAGCGCGCUCCCAACAUUUGGUUUGGAAAAGCCUGCUGAGGGCUUCUUUUGCCAGGGAGAUGGCUUAACACACUCUUAUUAGGCCACUACCAGGCUGGCUCACACCCCAGAAUUCAAAUGUUGAGUGUGUGUGUGUGUGUGUUGUGUGUGUUUAUAUUGAUGUUUGUUGGCUUUUGGCUUUUCAGCACUUUAUACAUUUGGACUUUUUUUUAGCUGGUGCUGAAAAUAGCCGUAUCAUUGCUUCCCAGUCAGCUCGCUCAUCCUCCUUUUUUGUCCCUCCUCCCUCUCUGUCUCUGGCGUCUCUAGCUGUGAAAGCAGCAGUGGGGUUGCUAUGGUUUGGUGAGAUACUGUAAUCCAAUGUGUACACACUCACACACACACACACCUCACCUCAUAAAUAAUUGACCUGUCACAGUGAGACGACAGGACAGAGCAGAUACACUCCCCCCUCCCUUAUUCUCUUUCCUCCUCUCACAUUUCUCCUACUAUCUCAUCCCCUUAUUCUCUGUUUCCUCGCCUGCCUUUCCAUUAAAGCCUGUUUUUUGUUUCACAUUUCUCCCUCUUUAUUUCCAGUUUUUCAGCCCUUUUUACAUUCUUCUUUUAGCACUCGGGCUAAGGCUGCAAUCUGACAGUUCAGUCAUUAUUGAUUAUUAAAAUGUUAUUUUGAAUGACAAUGUGCACCAUUACCAGAUGUUUUUUCUUCAGCAAUCACCCCCAUGCAUAACUUUUUUGAAACUUUUGCCUUGCUGUUUAAAAACAUAAAAGUUAAUUCACGUAAGAUGAAUGAUUUAAUUUGAGUGCGUUGUGCAGUGGUCAUAGAAACAUAAGUCCUGCUCUACUAAUUAGGGUUAGGAGAUAAGGUAAAAAAAGAAAUGGAUGAAUUUGAUGGACCGGAAAUGUAAAACUGAGCAUUUUUGUAACUUAGACUAACUGUUGAGUUGACUGUCACAGUUAAGGUUUGUCUUUGAAUACUCGAGGUGAAAUGGUGAGACUUUAAACCUUUUAUAAAGCGAUAGUCUCAGUAGCCGUCAUCUCACUGUGCUUUAGUGACCUGUUGCUUUCUGGUCCCUGCUUUGCAUUUGCCACUCUCAGCUAAAAUGAUGAAAAUGCAUAAUAUCUCAAUCCUUAUCAUUUGUUUGGCACGUUUUGUUAACCUGCCACUUCCCAAAGGUAGUUGAUAAAUUAGCAAAUGUUGUGAUUUGUUCAAGCACGUAGGAAAUUUUUCUGUCCAAGGAUUUAGGUCUUGAUGUGUGUCUGUUGUGUGUUGUAUUUGUUUUGCAUGUUCCCUGGUUGGUCUUGCAAAUAUAUAUCCACUGAUUGGCUGUUUAUUUAAGUAACCUUGAGUCUGCUUCCUACAUUACCAUAAACCCUCCAGCUGCUCUAUUUUACAAUGUCUCACUCCUAGGCGAUUUAACUGCGGAUAUAGACAAUAUGUUUACACACAGCAUGAGAACGUGCACGCUGACGUCACCAACUAUCACCUUGGAAGUCCACAGAGUCAGAGCUCUUAGAUUUGACAGAAGUGGUACAGAUCAAUAUCAUAAUAACUUUUGAUUGUUUGAUGCAUAUCUUUUUAAAAACUUUUUUCAUUACACUUACUAGUUUGUAAUUGUGAUAAUAAAGGCCUAAAUUAGAAGAAGAAGAAACUUGACUGUACUACUUUAAUGGCAAGGUCAUCAAAACUAAGAUUAGGAUUAAGAGUUGCUCAGAAACACUCAAACAGUAGAUGUCUACUUUGAUGCCAGUCUGACCAUCGCUGCCUUGACAGGUGAAUAAAGUUGUGUGUCAUCAGCAUAGCAGUGAAGUCCAAGAAUAGAGCCUUGAGGUUCUCCAUGGUAAAGUUUUUGUUCCUAUCCAUUUGUAUCCUGACACAAAGCUUAAUUUGACUUGGUAUCAACUUUGUGUUUAUUAUCAUUGGUUAUCAUAUCAUUUAUAAAUCAUUGACUGGAUAAUACAACCACUGUGAUGAGAGAUUCAGCCUCUGCGCUUCAACUGAACCAAAGCACCCACAAGGCCUGUUUUUCAGUAUAUCUAUCACAACAAAUUAUUUUUAGGCAAAACUUUGAGAUCUACUCCUUUAAAAAAAAAAGCACUGGCUCAUUUCUCAGAGAGCUCAACUGUAAAUCUUAUAAAAGUGAGAACAGAUGUUUAGGUGUGUAAUUGUCUUAAUUGUCUCUGCAGCUCAUCUAAAGUGUUAAGACUUUGGCUAGUUUAGUGUGUGAGGGUUGUAAAGAUUAACUAUGCAGAGCAGAGUUAAAGUUCAGCUCUGCAGGUGACUACCCUUACAGUCCUGGGGACUUGCUGUGUGAGCAUUCAUGUGUGUGUUUUGGGCAGGAAAUCACACCCCAGCAGCCUGCUGUCCACUGCACAUGAAUGACACAGAAGAAGAGGAGGCAGAGAGAGUAUCGGAUGGCACAGUGCCCUGUUAGAGAAGUCUCAGUAGUGUGUGUGUGUGUGUGUGCGCGUGUGUGUGCGUGUGUGUGUUUUGUGCUUAAGGUUUGCUCUGUGGGUCUAGAGGCUUAGGUUACUACAGAUGCUCUGUCUUUCCUUCUCUUAUGCUUUUACAUCUGCUCUUUGGUUCACCUGCAAGACCCAGGCUGAAGUUGAAACGAAGGAACAUUUGAAAAACAUGAAAUCAUGGUUGAAAAAUCUGUGUGUGUUACUUGGUGGUUUACAGAAAUGAGAACUGUCAGUCUCUUAGUUGUUCGUCCAUCUUUACAUCAGGCAUAUGUACAUUGAAAACAACAGAGCACCAAUGUUUUUGUAUGUUUAUUUUCAUUACUCACUUUCCUCUUUUCUCUCUGUAUUUCAGGAUUUCACCUCAGCGGCACGGUAACUGAACCCGCCACAUCAUCAGAGCCUGAAGUCACUCACAAGGUGGCCAUCAGCUUCGACCGAUGCAAGAUCACCUCCGUCACCUGUGGUUGUGGAAACAGAGACAUUUUCUACUGUGCCCAUGUGGUGGCGCUCUCUCUUUACCGGAUUCGUAAACCUGAACAGGUAAAAUCAGACCCAGUAGUAGACAUGGCCAUUUAAACUUAGUCUAAAAAUACCUUGAAGAAAAGCAGACUUUUUUAAGGCAGUAAAAAUAUCCAGUUAAAGCUCCUGUGAGGAGUGGUUUUGAGUUCAUGAUGAUUUUUUUUUUGCCUUUUUGUGAUAUACAAAAGCAAACAAAUCCAUCAGCAGUAUGACUGAUGAUUUUUAUACCACGAUUUUUAAUGCCAGAAACCAUCAGCAUGGGGUGUCAACUCAGCAGCUGACGAAACAACUCUGUUUUUACAAAUUCUACAUAAAAAAUUCACAAUAAAUGAAACAUUUGACCAUCAGAAGUCAGCAGGAUGAGGUUUUUUUUGUUGCCAGAACAAACUAUUUAAGCACACAGGGGACAAGAUAAUUAAAGACUGCUUUAUCCAUAGGGGGGUGCCAAAAAGAACACAAACUGAACGCUCCUCUCAGGAGCUUGAACUGUUCUUUUUACAUCAAAGGGUACAGCACUAACCCUAACCCUGGCCCAAGUUAAGAUCUAAAGAUUUCCCCUAAAUGAUAAUACUGAGAAUAAAAACUAGGGAAUAAAAAUUUGGGAUGUCUAAAACCACAAUUAGUGCCAAGAUGAGAGCUAAAGUAGUAGGGGAGCCACCCUGGAAACUCUGGAACUCCAGUUGGCCAUCCUGAUAUCCUAAAUUAUGAAUGUCUGUUUAUCUUGUCAGAGUUAAAUUGAAAUUAACAGUUUAAGUUGCAUAUGUUGUUGUUGUUGUUGUUUUGAGGGCUGUAAAUGUCCCUACUGCUUAUCAUGCCCGACCACCCCUACAAAAAUCAGUGUCAUGGUUUGGCCCCCCUUGUCAAAAACGUUUGGCUCCGUCACUGGGAGUUCCAUGUCUGAAAACAGCUGGAAUCUCUUUUGCUCAAAUUUUUAUCUAGCUCAACUUUCUGCACACAGGCUUUGAAAAGUUGGAUUUAAAUUGAAGUUUCCAAGUUAGCUUGACAUUAUAGAAUGAGUGUGCAUCAUAAGAUCUCUCUACAAAUGAGAAUUAAAGACACUUCUUUUGUGCAACUAGAAAAUUAAUAGAAAAUAUUAUAUUGACAUGUGUGACUUUAACAUUUCCCACCGUGUGUCUGGUACAGGUGAAGCUGAGGUUGCCAAUCUCAGAGACGUUGUUCCAGAUGAACAGAGACCAACUGCAGAAACUGGUCCAGUAUCUGAUCACAGCCCACCACACUGAGGUCCUGCCCACUGCUCAGAAACUGGCUGAUGAGAUCCUGUCCUCCAACUCUGAGAUCAACCAGGUCCAUGGUGAGAGAUUAACCUUUGUGACAGUCUUUGAAAAGCUCAUGUUUGAUUAAUUUUAAGUUGGGUUUAACACUCAGAAUCUAUCUAGAAACUUCUUGGAGUGCUGUAAGCGCAGCAGUCAGUAGUAAAGCUGUUGUUGUAAAGUCUGUGGAGGUGCUGUCCGUCCCUGUGCAGUGAUAUCUUCACAGCCACAGGCCAGACUUAAAAGCCUCCAGACUGAAAACAUGCUGCAUGUGAGCCCACAGGCUGUCAGACGUCAGAGCUCUGAUUACUCCAGCGGAGCAGCGAGCCCGGCUUCAAAUGGCUUGUUUGAUUUCUCAGACCAAAUUCUUCAGUGACUACCUCCUCCCAGUGGCAGAAUAUGUUGGAAAAAAAGCAGAAAAAAAUAAAGUUGACUGGUGAGUGGGCACGGAAGAAGAAAGAGGGAGAUGUGAGGCAAGGAAAGAGACAGUUUAGAGGAAGGGAGGAGGAGAGGGAAUGGUAUUUGGGGAAAUGGGGUUAGGAGACAGCGUGGAGGGAAAACAUGAAAGCACCGGAGAGCAUAUUGAUGAAGGAAAACCACAACAGACCUGCAUCAGGGAAACGACAAACCAAACAUAUCCUUUCACCAAACAAAACUCUUUGUCUGUUUCUUGAUUUCACCCUCCUCGCUGAAUGUUGACAUUCUCUAGCUGUCCUGUCCAGGAAGCCCCAAGCUGUGUUUCCUGUCUGUGUUUGACAGGGGGAUCAUGGGGGUUGAAGUUCAGUCGAUCCAGGAGUGAGGCGCUCUUUGAUGGAGGAAUGUGGCUGUUUGCCGCAGCGCUUUUUUUUUUUCCAAGCCAGUUGGAAACACAUCUCUGGGCUUUCCUCAGCACACUUCCUGUUAGAUCAAAGCAGCCGCCCCCUUUCUGAGCACAUCUACAUUUCCCUGUAGUAUAACUGAGACACACACACAUACACAUAUAUAUACGAGCAGUGCUUGUAUAUAAAGUUGGUCUUCUAUUCCCUCAGUGCUCCAUUAGCCUAAAUGGAGCAGCUUUUCUGAGGUGUCGACCAGGUUGUACUGUAGGAUAACUGUAAAACAAAUCGCUGGAAAAGCUGUAAGUGUGAGGGAAACUCAAAACAUUCAAUAGAUUUUUAUUUUUGUGUUUUAUCCUCUUAAAGUAUAAAAUGAAGUCAUGUUGUGUUGAAGAAUGAUGCAAAUGCAAAGUACAAAAAACUGCAGUACCUCAAGUGUCCACUAGAAGAUGUUUUCAAAAGCCAAGAUGACUCAUUGAAUCCCAUUUGAGGGUGUUCAAUUUCACAUAGUAAUCACACACAUGUACAGCCCAGAACAUUGAAUUAUUUGAUUGAUAUUUCUGUCCUUGUUCAGCUCUCCGUAUGCUUUAAGCUUUGCAGAUGGUCAUAAUCAUUAUCACCACUGUCUUAAAGUUAAAGCGUCUUUUCUCAAUCAGAGAUGGUUUGGGUCCAGUGGCUCUUCAGGCUGCUCUCAUAUCUGUGCCUGAUAACUGUUGUUUUCUAUAGACUCUCGAAACCAGCCUGUCAUUAAAACUAAUGUUUUUGCCACAGCGUUAACAGGCAGAAGUGAACUAUACCAGAUUGAUAUGAUACAGCAAAUGUGAUCAGUUGUUUUUCUGUUAAAUAUUAAUCGACGAUGUUAUUGGAUUGUGACUGAUCAGAAUCAAGUCUUCAACAGCCUGGCUAUAAUUAAGGGACGUGAUUGUAUUUUACGAGUGCUGUUGAAAAGAUUCGCUCUAUUGAUAUCAUCAUCUCUGCUAGGGCUGGGCGAUAUGGCCUCAAAUCAAUAUCACGAUAUAUUGAGCAGUUCACCUCAAUAAGUAUAAAUGGACGAUAACUACUCCACAAGCUGCUGACCCCCUCCCACAUUAACUCUGUCUACUUCAGCCGCCGCUCCAACUUUUGAACCGUCCUCCAUCUCCUCACCUGUCUUUCCCUCUUUGUUACGGACUGGAUGGGGUGGAGUCACGUCUCUGACGUAGGACAGCGUCUUAAAGGGACAUCAAACCAUAGCCUACCAACACACAUCCAAAACCAACUUUUAUUUAUUUAUUUUUUAUACCGAUAUGGGUAAAAUGGCGUUGGUUAUUAUAGUAAAUUUCGGUAUCAGUAAAUUUUCGCCCAGCCCUGAUCUCCUCUUAUAAAUUCAUUCAUUAUUUCAGGUCUUAGUUGAAACUGUGAAGGACUUGAGUGACCAGAAUCAAUUUGGAAAGAAUCAGAUCAAUGUUGGAUUGCAUGGAUGGUGCCUCUGGUUCCUUCUGCUUCUUUGUGUUUGUUUGUUGUGUGUCCUCACAUGUUUCUAUCACUGUGCAUUCCUGUCACUUAUCGUCUGCAUGUUUUUAUUCCCAGGUGCUCCAGACCCGACGGCGGGCGCCAGUAUUGACGAUGACAACUGCUGGCAUCUGGAUGAGGAUCAAGUGAGAGAGCAGGUCAAGCAGUUUCUGUCACAGGGAGGAUACUACGGCUCGGGGAAGCAGCUGAACUCCAUGUUUGCUAAGGUACACAUCACCACUUCCUGUUUCUGCCUCAGGCUGGGACUUAUUUAUUGAUUUAUGUAAUCAUUACACCAGAAAGUCAGAGACAUUUUUUUUGCUAUCCCACAUAUGAAUAUUUACUUCAGCUGCUGUUUUCUUAGAUUGAUCAAUGAUGGAUUAAAAUCUGCUCCAAAAUUCACAAGUUAGCCUCAAUCCGUAUAAAUUCUUCCACUCACUGCAAUCAUUGGAAAUAAAUAACUCCUUUGGUUGUAAGUGAAGUUGAAAAAGAUUUAAAUAUGAACAUUUAAAUACUUAAAGGAAAUAUUACAAUGGUUUUGUGCUGCAAGUUGAUGGGACUUUUCAAAUUAAUACAAAAAACGCUGACUAUAAUGCAGAAGACCUUCAUGGGAAUGUUAAGGCUAAACUAUAAAGCCCUCAACCCUACAUCUCAAGUUUGUUGGAAAGCUUUCAGAAAUACUGAUGUGAGAAUAACGUAAAAAAAAUCCUGAUUGAAAGACCCUGACAAUGUCGACUGGGACUGUUUGAAAGCUCCUCUUUAUGUCUAGUGUUGUUGAAAAAUCCCCCUUUGAUAUGAAAAAAAUGUUUAUAACACUUUUUUUCCACAUGAAUUUUUCCUUUCAGUAUUUUUUUUUCAUUAUUUGCCUCCUUCAUAUUGAACCCUGGGCUUUUUUCUCUACAAUCAAAGAAUACAGAUCUUCACAGUUAUUCAAAAUCUGAUCUUUAGAGUCAAAUUGUCAUGUCUAUGUAAAAGUGUGUUCAACCACUGCAUAAAGGAAUACAGGGCGCUCUCAGGUCCUGAAAACCUCUUAGGAUUCCUUUGUCUGUAUUAUCCAACUCAAAGCGUUAACAGGUUUCCAAUACAGUUUGAUAGAAGCUUUCUAAUCAAAUUCAGCGUGGAGGAUUCAGAAAAGCACUCUUCUUGAGCUCUUUGUCUGAGGAUAACAGGACCACUUUACAAAGACCUGUAUUCUGAUGAGGCUGAGCUCUCGGCCUCAGGGCCAAGCUGAUUCUUUUAUAAAGUUUCUGAAGCCGCUCCGAUCUAACUUUUAAACCUCAAGUGUACUUAAUGACACAUGUCACAAGAUGCAGUGUUCCAUCCUUGUCUUUUAGUCUGAUUUCAUGCAAGGUUUCCAGAACUGAAUACAGACACAUGCUGCCAUUACUGAGAGGAAUUACAGACAGACUUUAUAUUUUGAAGUUUCCAACCAAAACCUGAGAGUAUCAAAAGAAAUGUACCAAACCCAUCUAUUCUAAUCACCCACAAUUAAUCAGAGCUGCCAGAUCUGUGGACUGCUUCAAAAAGCUUUGAAAAAAAAUUCUUGGUUACCAAAGUUUUUCCGCUUUUUUUGUUUCAUUUUGUUCUUUUGUCUUAUUUUUGAUCACUUUGUAACUGAGAGUUUGACUAAACAUGUGCACUCUGGGUCUUUAAAGGUGAGGGAGAUGCUAAGAAUGCGAGACUCCAACGGCGCCCGAAUGCUGACACUCAUAACGGAACAGUUUAUGGCAGACCCCCGGUUGUCGCUAUGGAGACAACAAGGCACAGGGAUGACCGACAAGUGUCGACAGCUCUGGGACGAGCUGGGUAAGAAGACGUGACUUACAAGCAGUGUCAAUUUUGGUGCCUUUAUAAGAUCUGGUCAAAGUCUUUAGACAAAAAUGCAAAGAUGUUUAUUUGUAGUCGACAAAAAGUCAAAACAUUUAAGUCUGUUUGAGUCAAUGAAAGACCAUUUUAACCAUUAUUUUAAAGUCAAAUUCUUCUCUGUCUUCAAACUUUUUCAUUUCAUGAAUCAAAAAUCGUUACCAAGAGUAUAAUGUUGUUAAGCCCAAGCGAUGCCCCUGGACAGGCAGGCUGGUGUCGGAUUUAAAUGUUCUCAGGUGGUCUGAUCAACUUGUGGUCCCACCUGCUAGUGACAUCACACAAUAUGAUUGGCUGUACAUCAAUAUGACGAUUUUUCAUCCUGUGAUUGGCUGUACGUGGAGGAGUUUGUACAUCAGAGAAUUUAAGGAUGUCGUUUAUGCAGAUCACAGAUCUGUAAUUAAAAAAUGGAACACACAAAACUGUUAAUGCAUAAACAAGUAAGUUAAGGACAUAUGUGUGUCCUUCUUUUUUUGAACUUAGAACAGUUCUGAUAUUGUGUUAAGUUUCCUCUUUAAAAGCCAUAUGUUUUGGCUUUCCUAAUACUGGUGAUGACAAAAAUCUUUUUUUUUUUUAAAUUUAGAUCUUCAUAUUAUGCUAAAGAUAAGCAUAUGGUCAUAAUGUGACUCAAUAGUGGUGGUCCCUUACACCAGUCGGUAGACUUCAUAAAACACAGGAAGUUGAAAGAAGUUGCAGACUGCUCUUGAGCUAGUUGUAUUAAUCCUCUGAGAGAUGGUUCAGCUCUUUUUACAGAGAUAUUCAAGAUUUAUUAUGAGUCUAUAAACAGCGUUAGAGCCUGUGCCUCUGUGGAUCAUUUAAACAUUUAUACUUUCUGGCUGUCAAAAUAGUUAGCAGAAGAGGCAGCUGAUACAUAUUUACCCUCACAUUUUUGUUAAUAAAAUGCUCAUGAAAAAGUCUGCAUGGUUUUAUAGUGACCUGCUCAGUUAGAAAUGUCAUAAGCCGGCUAAUCAGCUCACUUGUUUCUUCAUUAGUCAGCACAGAUAAGACAGCAUGGCCCACAAACGUGUCCACCCUGUCAGUGGGGCAGACAAAUCAGCUGUUACCUUGACGGGUGAAUGUUCUUCCAGUCAGUAAGCUAUUAAGUCAUCCAGUCAGUUUCUCCUCCUCCUCCUGCUGCUGCUGCUGCUGCUGCUGCUGCUGCUGCUGCUGCUUGGGCCUCUCCUCUCCCCCUCGUCCUGCAGCUCCUCACUGAGUGAAUGAUAAAGGCUGCCGAUCAAUACGGCUCCUCAGCUUCUCUGCAAUCAAUCUCAGCAUUUAGGAGGUCAAUGAGAACACUUCCUGGGUGAGCGAGGGGGAUCAUGACACAGACGCAGACAGAAAUAACAGCCAGACACUCAGACUUUGCUGCCUGGUAAAAUUUUCUCUGGUGCAGACAUCUAAGAGCUCGCCCCCGCUCAAUGGCAGUGUUUGCGGAGCAGGUGAGGUCAGAGCAGGAAGGUCAGACGAGACAGCAGGAUGUCAUUGAUGACAAUAAUAUCUGAUUAAUUUGAUAUAAAAAAACAUAGGGUUCACUAAAGUCAGAGGCUAUCUUUUAAAAUAAUCUGACAAAUAAAACUGCAAGUUUUCACUGUGGACAUUUGAUAUCCCAAUAUUACAGAGAUGAAAUUAAAGUGUGGAUAAAGGCUGUAACAUGCAUUUUUUUCAUACAAUUGUUUGUUUCCUGGUUAUGUUCAUAAAAAGUCAGAAAGUUAUGAUAAAAUGUUGAUCAGUAUUUCCUGAAGCCCAAGAUGGUGUCCGGUCUUCUAAUGCAUUUCUUGAAUCCAACCCAAACAUAUGCAGUUUACUGAUGUAGAGAAGGAAUAAAAAGAACUUUUACAAUGAAGAAGCUGGAAUCAGAGAACCUUUAGCCUCUCAAAGAAUUAGUUAAAAAGCAUCUCUUUAUCAAGACAAUUUAUUAAAAACUUCCAAAAUGAUGGUCAGAUACUUCAUCAAGAACGCUCCUUAAAGGGAUAUUCCGGCGUAAAAUUUAGUUAGGGUCAAACACAAGCAACACGGAGUUGGACACCCCCUCGAGGGAUGAAUGUUGCCGACCGCUUACUUCUCUAGGCUAGGACCCUAUAUGUACCGUUGAUAAAGUUAGGUGCUGUUCUGAGCAUUAUUUGUGGCUAUAGAGUGGCCUUUUGUAUGGCUUUUUUGUAUCUUGUAUCUUCUCAGACCGCUGUGUAUUGCCAUCGUGCGGUCAUUGCUGAAGUUGGUAAAACUAGAGAAGCAAGCAGCCGUAACAUUCAUCUCUCGAGGGGGUGUCUAACUCAGUGUUACAGUGUGUUUGACCCUAAAUUAAUUUUACGCUGGAAUAUCCCUUUGAAAUGGGAACUUCAUCUCAGAAACUCUAAUAACCUAGAAGUCAAAAUCCAAGGUGGUUUCUCUCUGAGUUAAUUCACCCCUGAGCAUUUUUCCUGUUGGUGAAGCUCCAGGGGUGACGUUGGCCUUCCAUCACUUCCACCUGCUUUCUAUCAAUAAAAUCAAAUAUACAAACAAAUAUUUAGGCCAUGCUUAUACGAGCUGUAGAUAAAAAAGUGGGGGUGACAUUGUGCUGCUUUAUGCUGUGUUCCUCAUGGUCAGCCAGGACCCAGUGGCAAUCUCAGGGCCUGAAGCACCAGAAACCAUGUACAUACAAAGCCAAUUUUAGACAAACAUUCACUCCCUGCACUGUUUUCUUUGGCUGUAAUACAUUCUUUUAAAAGUUAUUCAGGUUACAAGAUCGGCAAAAUGGAGGUACAGCUGGAGCUUUCGAUCAUUCUUGAUGGCUCAACAAAGCCUUUACUUAGGCAUACCACUCUAAAUCUGAUCUUUGUCUCUUCUUCAGGUGCAUUGUGGGUGUGUGUGGUGUUGAACCCUCACUGUAAGAGUGAGGAGAAGAGCAGCUGGCUGAAGCAGCUGAAGAAAUGGGGCGAAAUGGACGUCUGCCCGCUGGAGGACGGAAACUACGGCAGCGAGCUUCCCAACAUCACCAACGCUCUGCCACAGAGCAACCUGGCUCAGGGUCAGCAGCAAACAUACAAAUACACACAAUUUUUAAUGGAGGUCUAGCACAGAAUAAUUCAAUUUGGACAUUGUGUGUGCUUUGUUUUUGUCAGACUCUCUGUCCAGGCCGAGGAGGACGGUGUUCAGCCGAGCAGUGGAGGCCUGCGACCUGCACUGGCAGGACAGCCACCUGCAGAGGAUCAUCAGCAGCGACCACUACAUGUCUCCAUCUUAUCAGAGGGAGGGGGAGAGUCUGCUGUUCAACCCGCAGGGUCUGCCACUUUGGCUGGGUAAACAAACACAAGCACAAACACUCAAAUAAGCUCCACAAAUCAUGGGCCUCUUUCACACCAGAACCCCUGACAUUUUUCAGAUACUUUUGAGGAAUUCUAGGCUCUUAUAUUUUUAGGGAUUCGUAGUUCACACAGGUCUGACAGCAGGAGAAUUUCCCUGAUAAACCCAUUCUCCGAACUCAAAAUGCUCUGUUUUAAAGACAGUGUUUAUUCAAUGAUAUUUAGCAAAACAGACUCAAUAAAAAUGUGAUAUAAAGUUCCACUAGUUUGUAAGAACGUCAGUCCCUUAACUGAACUGGUGUGCAAAGGUCUGUCUGUGCAGUUGAGAUGGGGUGUCCUUCCUCUUGGCUUUUAAAACAGAUCUCUUUCACCUAAUACCAGAGGAGGACAGAGAGUGUUGUCACUGUAAUAAGUGGGAGGUUAAAAAUAAAAUGCACUAUUUUUUCCUAUUGCCUAUUUCAUCAUGAUCUUAGAUAUCAGCUUUGCAGUAAAGUGUCAGGAAAUUGUCCUGAUUUGGCGUUUAUGUCACUUGUUGAGUGGUUUUGUAGAAUUAGAUGGAACUUCAAGAUUCUGAGUGAUGUUGUUUAGACUAAAAUAUACUUUUGUAUUACAUUACAUAUAUUCAGAUGAUCAUUAUUAGAUUGACAUUAGAUGCAGUCAGUUUUAUGAAUUAAAAAAGGAAAAAAAAGCUUUUCUGCCUUACAAAUGAAGCUGACCCAGAUAAUGUCAGGAAAUAUUGAAGAGUCAUGUGCCUUUAUUCUUUGAAAACACAACUGUUUUUAUCCUGAGUAGUAGUCAAAUUAAUCAAUUAAUCAGUUUUCAAUUAUAUAGCACCUAAUAACAAAAAUGGCUAUCCAAAGACACUUUCCGAAGAGCUGGUCUAGGCCUAACUCUUCGUUUGAAGUAUUACAAAUACUCGACCUCAAAAAGGGAAAAGAUUGAGUCCCAUCUAGAAAAAUUCAUUCAUUAAUCCAUCCAUUCUUAACCCAUUUAUAACCAACAUGAGUGAAGCUCUAAAGGUAUUAACCUUGCUUCAGGGAAGUCAUGGUGUUCACUUGAUUUAUGUCAGUCCACAUUCACGGUACCUCAUCUGGUCAAAUCUCAGAUUUAACCUCAAGACAGGCAAAUAGCAGCUUUAUGUCGUUAGAUACUAAAAAUCUGAUUUUCGGGGGUAAAGACAGUGUUUCAGAGGCACUUACAUAUAUACACAAUCUUUAAUUCCACUGAAGGCACACACACACACACACACACACACACACACAGAGUAAUUCUGCUGAUAUUGAGGUUGGUAUCUGCAGUAAGCAGCUUCCAGCUAAGAUCUGUCAGAUUCUGCAACUUAAGCCAGCUAUCAGACACACACUGGCGUUCUGCUGAGACUGCACAGUGUGUGUGUGUGUGUGUGUGUGUGUGUGUGUGUGUGUGUGUGUGUGUGUGUGUGUGUGUGUGUGUGUGUGCGCGCACGCAUGUUUGUGUGUGUGUGUGUGAGACUGCCAUUACUAACUGUAUCCGAGGUCCUGUAUUGUGUGUAUUGAGGAGAAAAAUGUAUCUGUAACUGUCUUUCUGUAAGACAAUCUUACAUUAACUUCACUACAAAAGUGUGUGUCUGACCCAGACUCUGUUCUCUCUUUCUAUCACACAGACCACGUCCCAACAGCCUGUGCACGUGUGGAUGCCCUACGUUCCCACGGUUACUCAAGAGAAGCCCUGCGAUUGGCUGUGGCUAUCAUCAACACACUCCGCCUGCAGCAGCAGAGACAGAUGGACAUCUACAAACACCAAAAGAAAGGUAAAACACACACACACACACACACUCAUCCUGUGACUAAUGAAUUUGUUUGUUUUCUGGGUCAGUCACUAAAAUAUCUUCCUCUUUCUCCUUUUCUCAGAGCUUCUCCAGAGAGGCGUGACCUCCACCACCAACCUGGAGGGCUGGGUGGGUCACCCCUUGGACCCGAUUGGCUGCCUUUUUAUAACACUGACCGAAACUUGCCGUGUGGACGACGACAACAGCAUGGACACUGGAGGUAUGAAACCAAAGGUUUAGUUUUAGUGAAGCCUGUGAAAGCGAACCUCUGUGUGGAGAGCAUAGACUGUAUUUAGAAUGGACACCGUCUGCCUCCUCGCAGGGUGAAGCCACUGCAAGAACAGCACCCUCUGGUGACAGACUGCAGUAUAGGUCAUAAGUCCCGCCUCCUCCAGCAAUCCCUAUGGAGUUGUGGACAAACAUUAGAAAUUAAUCACACAGAAUCCCCCCCCCCAGUUGUGAUGUUGACACGUAGUUGCUGUAAGACUGGUUUGUGCUCAAGUCUUCUUUUUUUCUGUACAGCUUCAUUUUUAAAAGUUAUUAGGGGGUUCAUGUUUUCUAUGAUUGACACUUGAUACAGCCUUUUGGUGUAUGAAGAUUGCGUAGGUCACCCAGGGGAUAUGCUGUUUGAGUUGAGCGUCAUCACAGCGACACUCCUGCCAAAUGCGUACAUUGCUUCUGUGCAAGUGGUGGUUCCAGGAAGUGGAGAAAACCCCAGAAAUACCGCGAGCAAUUCGGCCUCAAAUUUGUAUAAUGACAGAAGGCGGAGCCAAGUUGUCCAUAGUAUAUACGGUCUAUGGUGGAGAGUCUCUGAAUGUCAUCACAGCUCGAUCAGAGACUCAGUCAGACUCUCAGAGAGAGAUUCACUUUAUUAACAAGUGAUUUUUUUUUUUUUCUCUUAAACAGUUCCCAUGACUGCUCUCACACCGUUGCAUCAUUUUGCUCUAAGUGUUUCCUGCUCGCAAACUUUCUGCAGAGCCAUUUUUCCUAAAUAAUUUCUGGAGCUUGAACAAGCAUUAUUCUUUUAUUUUAAAAAAUGUCAAUCUUUUAAAGUCCCACUUUGAUUAUUUUUUUUACUACUUAAAGUGUUCACAGUGGUCUUUAAACUGUGAUUAGGAAGUUUUUUGCCAAAAUUACGUUACGUGUGUCAUUUUCAAGGACUUUUCUCCUGCAGAGCUCCAGUAGCUCAUUAGCAAUUCUGCUCUGCACACUCCUCUCCAUGCUGGCUUGCAGCCUAACAUUGCCGGUGUAGUAGAAGUGGCAUGUAACAUAGGAGCUAUUCAGCCCUUGGACACUAAUGUCUUUAGGGACAUGAUGAAAGUUAAUAUCAUAAUUAGCUUUCUUAUGAGCAAUACAAUCUGCUAACACAAACGCUUGUUCAGGGAUUGUCCUCUCUAUUUAUCCGAAUCUGGCCUGCAUAGCAGAGCUCCAGCAGAGCUUGGAUUUGUGACAUAGGAAAUCUAACUGUGUCUAAGCCUGCAAUUUGGGUCUGCCAGAGGUUCACAGUGGUUUGAAUGCAGAAAUACUCAGAAAUGCAAUUUCGCACUGACUUUUCUCAUGAUGUGUCACGUGGCAUCAGAAAAAUGCCAUUUGCACGUAUAGACAACAAGAAAAACAUGAUUUUUAUCAGAGAGGGGGGUGGGGGUGGGGGCUUAUUAUCAGCAGCCAUUUGUAAAGAAAUCUGGUGAAGCUGCAUCAAUCAAUCAGUGUUUAGAUAGACAGAGAGUACAAUAGCCAGACUGAAUUGUGUUUUUUGUUUGGAGUGCAUAGAUUUACUUACUGCAUUACAAGAUCCCAAAGGUAAACUCAAAUACAUCAACAAGUCUCAGAGCUUGUAGGUCUGAAAACCUUGCUUUCAGCACUCACAGAAGCCAAAUGCUAAUGUUGUGCAAGUAUGCUAACAAUGAAAAUGCCAGGCAGACUAAUCAGCCCAAGAUAUUUUAAUCAAGUUAUAAAUAAAUGCAGAACAAUAAACCACCUGGACCAGAUGGAGUCCUAGCAAGAUAUAAUUGACAUCUCUGGCACAUACUUUAUUUUCUGUCACUAACAGCAACUUUCAAACAAAUAAAAAAAACAUCUCCACAGUCAUAACCACAUGAACUUUGUUAUCAUGUGACUUGUAUCAAAGCUCAGAGUCAAAUAUUUGCUGUUUCAUCCAGUAACAUGUGGAUUUGAAACCUUUUCUCAGUCUCACAUCAGUGUUUUUAGGAUUUUGGGUCUGAGAAUUAAAAAAUACCUGGAGUCCGGACUGAAUCUGAGCAUUUUGCCUCAAAUACUGCAGCAUGGACUGCACAACAUGGUUGUGUUUGAGGCCAUGUUGAACCUUUACUUUUGAUUGACCUUACAAGAUACAAAGGGGCAGAGUGGCAGACUAAAUACCGCAUGUCAGUGAUGCCCAAAAAUGUCCAAAACCUGUAACUAGGGAUGCACUGAUCAGCUCCUAGGAUCAGAUAUUGGACCAGCUUUCAUGUCAACAUGUAGUCUGUCUGUUCAAUUUAAUAACUGGAGAAGUGAUCUUGUUUGUUGCAGUCCCACUAUCUCAUGUUAUGUAGCUAAAAAUGAUCCUCUCUCUGCAUGUUUAGUGUUCAGUCAGUUGUGUUAUCAUGGCUGUUAUAAAGCCAACCAACCAUCCACUGAUCCCUUAAGGUGCACUCAAACCUCAGCACAGCUCCAUCAGAUGAAGCUCCUCCCUCCUGUUUAAACAAUAAAUUAGUCAGAGAGCUCAUUGCUCAGACACACGAGUGAUUCCUGCCACACUUGACCAGCUGAUGCAGAGUCAGCCUGAGCAGAGGUGAGCGGGUUCACCAGCACAGACUCUCGAGACGACAGACUUCACGCUCUCGUAUCAGGACCAGAUCUAUUGUCCUGCAGACGGCCAUAAAGUCACAGAGCAUGGAUAGAUCAGGCUGAAACACCCUGCUCAUUUAGACCACUUUCCUUUUGUGUGCAUGCAUGCUUGUGUGUGUGUGUGUGUGUGUGUGUGUGUGUGUGCGUGUGUGUGUGUGUGUGUGAGUGGUUCAUAUAGAAUCCAUCACCAUUUGCAUUUCUCGCCCUGCCCAGGCUCUUUUUCUACACCAAUGGUCAUUCUAACGGAGUAGAAUAGAGGUUGGGUUUUCCUAUUGUUACCAGGCUACAGGGAACUAUUGUCCCCUCAAACAAUGCUGACCACUGGCACACUCGGAGCCACACUGUGUGUAUGAGAGAGCGUGUGUGUGUGUGUGUGUGUGUCUGUGUGUGUGUGUGUGUGUGUGUGUGUGUGUGUGUGUGUUUGUGUGGUAGAGUGAAUGAUUGUCUUAUGUUGUUUUGGGAAUUGGAGUAGAGCGGUAUGACUACUGUGUGUGUGUGUAUGGCCUGGUCACUGUGCUUUAUUUCCCUCUGGAAGACAGCUGGGAACAUCUGUUAAGAGAGAAGGCGGGCCUGCACUUAAUGUCAGCCAAUCAGAGUGCACUGUCCCCUGAGAUCUUUUCAAAUCAUCCAAUCAAUCAACUGCCGAUGGAUAAAAAAACAAAAACAAGUUAGAACCGGGGUUAAGUCGGUAAAACCAGUUCCACUUUUCCCUAGAUUUCAUCUCACACACUCUGUCUUACACACACACACACACACACACGUACAGACCAUGGGCUUCCACACAUGCCUGGAAUAAACAGGAUUGAAUGGAUUUCUUGCUCAGAGGGGAUUUAAGCAGAGUGGUGGGGUGGGGGGAGGAAUAGAGAACAAAUGGGCACCAAUCAACAGCUGAGACUCUCAUGGCAUCUGUUCUCAAUUAUAGCUGUCAAGCAUUUGGCGAAGGGUUCGCGGCCAUCUUAGAUUAGUGAUCUCAAUCCACUGUGGAUGCUGUAUUUGGAUAAUUCAACACACAGCUAUGGCAUUAAAUUUAAACAGGUCACCGAGGGCCCAAUUUUCUAAGGGGAUUGUAGUUUUUAAAGCAUAAUGGUUCCAAUGUUCAGGCAGUCAGUCUCAUACACAGGCCUACAUGCCUUAUUAUCUGCCUCUACACUUAGCAAAGCCAUUUCAACGCAACACUACUAGAAAGGAGAAAUGGAUAUAUCAAGCUUUUAUAGAAUACAGUUAGGCUCAUUUGAAGCUCCUGUGAGGAGUUUUAUCUGUCAGAGCUGUGCUGGAAGAAGUCAUUUUGAGAGAUGGGUAUAGAGUAGUUUUAAAAAUCAGGACACAAAUAGCAGCUUAAUUAAACUAACAUUAGAUAAGGUCAGUAAUCUCUAAAAACUUAAAGCUAAGCAAGUGUUUUUAGUUCUUUUCUGAUCACAAUACCAUUUUUUGUCUUGAUAUCAGCUACAUCCACCUGUCAAGUCAAGGUAUAAUAUUUGUUUCAAGAGAUUAUAAGCAAUAAAUAAAUGAUAAAUAAUAAUUAGAAAUAAAUAAAUAAUCUUAAGUGGCAUGUAAAAGUAACAAAUCUGCCAUUGGGGUAAAUUUAACUUGCUCAAGUGGAAGAUUUUUUUUUACUAGUUGCAAACAACUCAAAUUUUUUUCUAUGCUUGUAGCACUUGAAACAGUGCAUUUAUGAAGACUUACCAGGUAAAUGUAGCUUAUAUGAUGUCUAAUUUUAUAUAUUUUGCUCUUUGGUUGGUUUGCUUUGACAAAUAAUCAUCCUUAUUGACUUAGCCCCUCCUAUCAUCCUACACUGAGACUGUCAGGUCACUGAGAGUUCAGUGUGAUCUGCUCUGUACACACUGACUGAAAACUAAUUAAAAGAAAUGUCAUGAGUCAUGUUGAAGAAGCUGUUGUCUGACGAAGCUAACUCUGGUGUAAUCGUGAAUAAUUUGAUUACUUUGUAUCAUCCAUCAAACUCUGGCUUUUAGGUUCACCUAACUAGCACUAAUAAAGCAGAAGAAUUAAAGCUGAGAGGAAACAGGUAUUCGUUUUUGUUCCAUGAAGAAGCUGAAUCUCUAUCAAAACCCAAGUAUUGACCUCCAAAAUACAAUUUAAAACCCUUGAUACAGAUUUGUGCUGUAAAACGAUUAAUUUUUCAAAGUUUCAGUUGAUCGCUAAAUCUGAGUAGUAAAUCACAACUGAUCAAAAUAUAAAUCAGGGCAACUUCCACUGUGAUUGGGUGGAUGUAUUUGGCAUAGUUUGGUGUUUUCUAAGCAGUAUGACACUGCACCAAUACAGACCCAGGAGGAUCCCAGUCUUAAUGUGCUAAAUGUGCUUUUUUUCAGUGUUGUCUCAAGCACACUUUCCUUGAGUCUCUGAUUAUUGGCUCUUUUUUUCUGCAUCUACAUAAAAGUGACUAAAUUUAGACAAAAUCUGCCCGGAAGAUCACAAAAUACUGAAUAUUUUUUCUUGUUAUUUUUCAGAUGGAGACCCCAGGCCUCCAGUCUUCCAUCAUGUGCCUGUGUGGGGCAGUCCUGACGGGUCAGAAUCCUACCUGACGUUGGCUUUAGAGGUGGCUCUGAUGGGUAUGGGCCAGCAGAGGAUCAUGCCUGAGGGCCUUUACGCGCAAGAUAAGGUAUGAUAGUCCUGAAUCAUUUACUGACACAUUGUUUAUUUUCAGCCAUAGUAUGUGAAAUACAGUAUAAUGCCAGUUUCUUUGAGAAUAAACUUCUUUUAGAGUUUUCCUCUGGGGAAACACUCUUCAUGUCUCUCCUGUUGCAUUUUAAAACAAGCAGUGUGAAUUUGCCUGCUGUCGCCUUGAAAGAAAAUCACUGUCAUUAAAGGCCAGUGUGAAGUAAUUGCUGUGCAGGGAGAGAGAAAAGGUCACAGCAUUUUGUUCCUCUGAAAAACAAGCAGAAAGCCAUUGUGCCUAGGUUCACUUUGAAUUAAAAUAAGUCCCAGAAAUGUGUCUUUGCUUGAAUGAUAAGCUGCUUUAGAGUGCUUAGCAUGGCGGCCAUGGACCUUUCUCUAAAGCCAUGGGAAAGUAUUCAUGCUUUAGACAAGGCAUGGUACUUACAGCAAGGUGAAUAAAUGUGCUUUGUAUGAGACUGAAAGGCUUGACAAAACAAACACAAAGCACAUAUAAGUACCAACGUAGGAGGAGAAAGUAUUUUUGAAGUAUUUAGGUCUCAAAUUGAUCACAGUUUGAAAGAAGUGAAAUGAAAAGCCAGCUCUGUCACGUGUCCUCCAACAGUCGAUUCAUACAGAUGAAAGUGUGUAAGGUAUUAAAACCCCCCACUGCUCCUUUAAUACCUCAAGCUCAAAAUCCCUUCUUAAAAGGUGUUCAAACUUCAAAGAUAUGUGCUCCUAUGAAACUGUUAUGAAUCUCAAGAUUUUUGUGGAUGUUCCUCUGCUAAUCUAACCUUUCCUCACGACUACUUUAAAUACCAAAUUCUAAUUUUAGUCCACAUGCAUAUGAAACCAGUUCUGGAGUGAACACUGGAAUGAUGGUGCUGCUCUUUUGAAGGAGUCUACUUUCAUAGUUUGUAGAUUCUUUCAGCAGACUUUCUCUUAGUUUUCAUUAAUACCAAACUUUGCAUGAAUUGUACGAUGGCAGUGACUACAAAGAGUGUUGUCCAUGUGUUCCAGGUGUGUCGUAAUGAGGAACAGAUUGUCGCUAAACUUCAAGAACUGGAGCUGGAUGAUCUCCUGGUCCAGACUCUUAGGAAACAGGCCAUACAGCUGCUAGAAGGUACAACAACAUCCCCUUCUUAAGAUGUUUUUUUUAAGCAUAUUUAUUAGAAGUAAGUACACUCAUCAAUAAUUUUGUUUCCUCUUUUCCAGCUGGUCCGUUCAGCGGUCUGGGUGAGGUCAUCCACAGGGAGAGCGUUCCCAUGCACACCUUUGCCAAGUACCUCUUCUCCGCUCUGCUGCCUCAUGAUGCAGACCUGGCAUAUAAGGUGGCUCUGCGCGCCAUGAGGUCAGUAUUUUUGUACGCUGGAGCAAUGAAAACAUCCAGAUACUACUGUUUUCAUGAUGUGAGACAGCCUCCCUGAGAAACAGAAAAAAUUGAUAAGACACUGACACUGAAAAUGAAAGGUGGUCUCUGUUUAAAGACAAAGUCAGAUCAAGACCUGUCUGCUAAAGACAAACUGUACUCUUGUAAUAAAACAACUAUAACAGUAUAUAAUAAUCAGAAUAUAGACACUAUCACUGUCCAUUCAACAGUGUUCAAAGAUGAACACAAAAUGUGCAAUGCAAUCUCAAAACAGUGACUUUAAAGCAGCUGGAAGGAGUUUUCAUUUUUCUGUUGGUUUUGGCUGCCACUAUGGACAAAAGCGGUGGUGUUUUACUAUUGUCGCAAAGACACUUAUCUGGCUGGCAUGUCAAGGCUCCAGAAACAAACUUAUUUUGUGAGCAGUUUGAGGCAACUUAUACUACAGGCCAAAAGUUUGGAAGGCUAUUACAGGCCGAACAGUUGGGAGUAACUUCAAGUUUUUGUUCACAAUGCUACACUCUGAAGAGACUAGAGGAACCUGGAAGUUAUGAUGAUAGAAAAAGACCUGGACGAAAGAGAGUUACUAUAAAAGCAGAGGAUAAACAUAGCAUUGUCACCAGUAAGAGAGAUCAAUGAAAGACAGCACCACAAAUAAGGGAGGAAAUCAACAUGACAAGGUCGAAACCCAUAUCUCUGACAACCGUGAAAUGACGUUUGAGAAAGGCUGGUCUGAAGGGUUGUGUAUCUGCAAAAAAACACUACUUCGUCCACAGAACAAGAAAAAGAGAUAUGAGUGGGCAAAAGCUCACAAAAAUUGGACUUAUGAUGACGAGAAACAAGUUUGCACUGUUUGGUUCAAAAGGCAGAGUCUAUGUCUGCAGACAAACUGGUGAACGUCUGAAAUGUGUUACACGCACAAUUAAGCAUGGAGGUGGUAGUUCCAUGGUAUGGGGAUGUUUUGCAGGUGAUAGAGUAGAAGAUUUGUUUAAAGUAAAGGGUAUCAUGAAGAAGGAACAGUACCACUCCAUCCUCCAGCACCAUGCUGUUCCAUCUGGACUCAGAUUUGUGGCUCAUAAGUUUGUUUUGCAGCAAGACAAUGACCCUAAGCACUCUGCCAACCUCUGUCAGGGUUACCUAGACAAAAAAGAAGAGGAAGGUGUUCUUCAAAAGAUGGUUUGGCCCCCUCAGUCUCCAGAUCUUUCUCCAAUUGAGCUUGUGCGGGAUUAAUUGGAUCGAUCGGUCAGAAAAGCGCGUCCCACGAAUCAGUGGUCUCUUUUUAAUGAACUUAAGAAAGCUUGGAAUGCAAUCCCUGCAACAUACCUUAAAAAACUUGGAACGAAUGCCUGGUAUAUGCCAAGCUGUUUUUAAAGCCAGAGGAGGUUACUUUAAAGAAAGCAAAGUCUAAGCAACAAUAACUCAAAUACCUAAUAAUUAUAGUCAAAAUGUCUUCUGAUAAGUUACUCUUUACACAAUAGUCAUGUUUAUUGUGUUGCAAAUUAUAUAUCUGAAACUAUGAUCUUUUUUUGUACAAAUCUGAUCUUGCUUCCAAACUUUUGGCCUGUAGUGUACAUUGUAAAUGUAUUUAAAAUGGGAAGCAAGUCUGGGUCAGCCCACCAUGGAGUGUUUUUGCUGAUGAUUUUAUUCUAAAUUUUUUUUUUCUUGUCAGACUGCCGGUGCUGGAGUCAUCAGCAGGCUCUGGAGAUGUGGGUCACCCUCAUCAUGGUAUCUCCAUAGUUCCCAGCAGAUACCCACGCUGGUUCACACUGGGACACCUGGAAUCCCAGCAGUGUGAGCUGGCCUCCACCAUGCUCACUGCUGCUAAAGGUACGGUCAACACACCUGCUUACUCACAGCUCAGACCACAAUAAGUGACAGUUUAUCCUUACUUGUCCGGUCAGUGCUUUUGUUUGUUAAUAAAGCUUCUCUCUGCCUCCAGGUGACAUGCUGAGGUUGCGGACGGUGCUGGAGGCAAUCCAGAAAAACAUCCACUCCUCGUCUUUAAUCUUCAAACUUGCCCAGGACGCCUUCAAGAUCGCCACGCCGGCCGACAGCCCACCUGACAUCACUCUGCUGAACGUGGCUCUGGAGCUGGGUCUGCAGGUAGGGAAUGUGUUAAAGCUGGAGCCAAAGAGUCAGGCGUCUUUUAUCAAGUCAUUUCACCACCAAUAAAAUCAACACAGCAGUCACCAGUCUUAACAUGCUACAGUUUUCACGGGCUUGUAAUUUCUGGCCUCCACAGCCUCACUACAAAUUAACAGAAAAAACAUCACACAGCGUUUUACCGUCCGCCAUGAGAAGAAACCACAUAAUUGAGCCUUUUGGGCUCUACAGUAAACACUGGAGCUCCUCACAUCAUGAAGACAGCAGAGUGGCUGCGGUCCAAUCCGCCUUUUUCUCCCUUUAUUUAGAGUUUCAGAUGAAUUCCUUUCAACAAAAAGUGCAAAAAUAGUAGAGGAGUCAGAAUAAGUCAUCUGUUUUUACAAACACAUGCUCAUCACUGGAGGAGACAUAUGGAUUUAUACUUUGUACACUUUGUACAUGAAAUUGAUGCUAAAAACACAGUUUUAUUCGAUUUUCGUAUCAAAUAAGAUCAUUUUGAGCUGGUAUAGCCUCAGACAAAACCCUCAUACAUGUGCUGUGUUGCAUCUCCUGAUAUAAAAAGUGGAGUUGCCAGAAAGGUCUCAUGCUGUGUGUGUGUGUGUGCUGCAGGUGAUGAGGAUGACUCUGUCCACUCUGAACUGGAGGAGAAGGGAGAUGGUUCGCUGGUUGGUGACUUGUGCGACUGAAGUCGGUAAGUAGUGCCUACUCUCAGACAUAAAACAACAACACUGUUUCUGACUCAACUGAAUUUUAAAAAACAUCUUUAGUCAGUUGAUAGCUACCUCCAACUUACUGACUUGAAUAAAUGUUAAUUUUGUGUAAAAAGCACAUAGCAACACAUUUUUCUUGUAACUAUACUCCUCAGAACCCAAGAAAAGUCAACAUGUUUAGCUUAAGUCCAUCCAGAUUCAGAUUCGGCCUCUCACUGAACUCCCGAGUGUUGAUGGUGGUGAUCACUGUGCUCAGCAUUUUCUUUGAACACUGACAUCACAAUUAUACCUCUUUUUCCCCUAUCAGUCUCUUUUUUCAAACAUCAGAAUAAACUGAUCAAGUUCCUGUUCUCUCUGAGAUCAUUGAUUGUCAUUUAAAAACAGGAAGUGUAAAAUCCUCUCCGUCCCCCUCAGGUCUGCGGGCGUUGGUGAGCAUCUUGCAGAGCUGGUACACUCUCUUCACACCCACCGAGGCCACCAGCAUCGUGGCAGCCACCGUCAUGUCCCACAACACCAUCCUGCGCCUCAGUCUGGACUACCCCCAGCGAGAGGAGUUGGCCAGUUGUGCCCGGACCCUGGCCCUGCAGUGUGCCAUGAAGGACCCCCAGAACUGCGCCCUGUCUGCUCUGACACUCUGCGAGAAGGAUCACAUCGCGUUCGAGACAGCCUACCAGAUUGUUAUUGAUGCAGCGUCCACAGGGAUGACCUACUCCCAGCUGUUCACCAUCGCCAGGUACAUGGAGCACCGUGGAUACCCGCUACGCUCCUUCAAGCUGGCCUCCCUCGCCAUGACACACCUUAACCUGGCUUACAACCAGGACACUCACCCCGCCAUUAACGAUGUGCUCUGGGCCUGCGCGCUCAGCCACUCGCUGGGGAAAAAUGAGCUUGCAGCCAUCAUCCCUCUAGUGGUGAAGAGCGUGCACUGCGCCACGGUGUUGUCUGACAUCCUACGUCGUUGCACCAUGACAGCGCCGGGUCUCGCGGGCAUUCCUGGGAGAAGGAACUCUGGGAAGCUAAUGUCAACGGACAAGGCGCCACUACGGCAGCUCCUUGACGCCACAAUUUCAGCAUAUAUCAACACCACGCACUCCCGGCUGACGCACAUCAGCCCGCGGCACUAUGGAGAGUUCAUAGAGUUCCUGAGCAAAGCGCGGGAGACUUUUCUGCUGGCGCAGGACGGACACAUUCAGUUCGCCCAGUUCAUAGACAACCUGAAACAGAUCUACAAGGGCAAAAAGAAACUGAUGAUGUUGGUGAGGGAGCGCUUUGGCUGACCUUACCCUGCCCUCACAGGGACCCUCCUCUAUGGGAAGUAGUUAAACUUAUUUGUUUCUAUUUAAGGUUUUUGAAUUCUUUGUAUUUUUACUUCUUUUGUUGAGCCAUUCGUUGACUAAGUCUUAAAUAUUUUUUGUCCUGUUUUGUUGUUUUGUUUCUUGAAUGUGAACCAGGAAGUGUUCGCAGUGCAUUGCUCUACUUUAUUGAGACUGCAGGAGAGGGGAAGCGGCUUUAAAUGUCAAAGAAAAAGGAGGAACAAAGCCUUUUUUUACCCUCUUGUUACUCGUGUUCAAACUUGUAUGAAAAAGUUGAAAGAUUGUGAUGAAAAAAAAACAAAAAAAGAAACUUUUGUUUUGCAGUGGCACAUGUCGAUUUAAAAACCAAAAGCUUUUGUUGGAUGGGGUACUUACUUUGAGCCAGAAGACACUUUCAGCUGGUGUUAGGAGGAGAAAGAAGAAAAGAAGGAAGGAACAUGUCAUUCCAAAAAGCGAGGAAAAACUCACUGAGGUCGAAAAAACACUCAUAGUGUUACUGUCAUACCUCGACUGUAUUAUUUGUCAGCUUUAACUUAUCAAUCAGGAAUGGCCUCUUGUUUCCUUUAGGGCAUCUUAGAGUAGAGAGGGAUGAAAACAGAAACACACUCGUGCGGUUUCUCUGAAACAACAGGUUUAAAAACCUGACUAAAGCCACUGUAGACUAGCUCAUACCCUCCUCGCCCGCUGGUCAGAGCUUUUCUUGAUCAAUGUCUCCAGAAGAGGAACCAUGUUCCUUCACAGAGUGCAUGUUUUCAACUCCAGACGCCUGAGAGCGACCAUAGUCAGACUGUUCUAGCUAAAGUAGACUAGUUGAGGCUCCACGUGCACAUAUAUAUUCACACAGUGUAUCUCUUUUGUCCUCCUUGAAGCUGAUUAAUAAUGACAUAACAUGACUGUGAUGAAAGGUGGACUCACAGUAUUCUCAUCUCCAGACACCACUGUAUCGCUAUUAGUGGCCAAAACCUUUGAAAUCUCUGGUCCUUUUUCACCUGCUAGAUCGAGAAAUAGUCUAAAGCAAUAUAAGUCAUGUCUGUGCUUCACUUCUAUCACCUAGCGGCAUUAACGUCACCUUCUUGCAUUCAGUUAGGAAGCUUUGGAUCAUAACGGCAGAUUGUAAAUGCCUGUAGCUAAUGUCCCUUUUCUUUUUCAGGAACAUGAGCAGGAGCUGAGGAACAUUUUCAGCCGUCAUAGUUUUCUUAAACUUUUAAUACGUACGGUGUACUGCAUUUGACAUGAGUAUGCAGUCGGCGUUUUCGAAUACAGCCAUCAUGUGUUCGGCUCGUUUUCUAGCAUUCCUCACUGCUCUUUAGUGACCAAAAAUCAACAGUUCUUGUUAGUUUCGUUAUGUUUGGAUUUAUUGAGACAAAAACACAACAAAAGGUAAACAUUUUUAAUGUAAAGACAGGACUUCUGCUUCAGUGGCAUUUCCUGGUUCUUGUGAUGGAAAAGGGCUGUUAGCUACGAAAGCGGCUUCGCUGCGAAUGCUACUUGUUGUGAUCUUUCUGCGUGGACAAGUGGCCUUGUCUUUGCAGAUACACAGUGCAACACAAACACAACAAAGUACUGUAUGUUUUAUGACUUAAUCGUACAUUUUAGAGACCACAUGCCUUGGCACAUAAAGUUCUUUCUUCUAAGCGUGGGGCGUUCGUGUUCCCUUUUCUUACCCAGUAAAGAAGUGUUGUUGUUGUUGUUCUUAACGGCAGUACACAGAACAGCUUGAAUCUUUACUGGUUGGACGUAACGUCAUCAUACAAGCACUUCACACAAAUACCUCUUCAGUACGUUCCUGCCUGCUUCAGCAUUUAUUUAUUGAUUGUUUGGUGACUUUGUAUGACUGAUAUGGAUCGCAGACACACAAACACAACACCGCCGACGAGUCAGCCCGUCGACCGCCACAGAAGUAAAGAGAAAAGGGUUUUUUAUUUGAAUGGAGGAACAUUUUCUUGUCUGCUUUUACAUUCCACCACAAGAGCUACCUUCACCCUCUACCCGGGUAGUCAGUCACAACUCUGGGCCUUUUGUUGAUCUGAAGAAAUGCAGAUAGAAGAAUGGAUAAAAAAAAAAAAAAGGAAAACUGAGCAUAAGAAAGAAAAGAGAGGCUAAACUCAGUUCUCAGGGACAUCACUUAAAGAAACAAAACAAAAAGUAGUAGCAUUAAGCAUUUAAGAUAUUGUAAAUAUUAAAGUGUCAAUUCAGAAAAUUGUAAAGUUAUAAUUAUUUAUGAUAAGUAUGUUGUAUGAUUUCUUUAUUUUUAUGUUCUUUUGUUUGUUUAUGGCGGGGGUGUACUUGAACUGUUGUGGGCGGGGAAUUAGACAGCGUUUUUUGUAAGACUUCAAGGCAUUUCUCAGGUGCUCCUGUGUACAUUUCUUUCUGUUUGUUUUUGCUAUGAUAUCUAUUUUUAUUUAGUUUUUUUAUAUAUAUUUUGAUUUGCAAAGAAAAGAAAUCUGUGUUCCUAAAGGAAGCAUGUCAUUUGGCUUUGAGGAGGAUGAGGAAAGCAUUCAUUUGUAAACAGUUUAAACCUGACUAUGCAGAACCACUUCGAUGGUCUUGUCACCUCUUAAAAAAGCCCCCAAAAAGCUUUCAGAGGGAGAAAUAAAGUGGACUGAACCAUUUUUAAAGGUGGUGGUGGGGGCGGGGGCAAAAGACAAGACCCAGCAUGCUUGUGUGUUCAUGUUGCCUAUCGGCCAGCCUGCAUACGCUGCAGCAUUUAGAGGAGGAAGAAAGAAAAUGUUGGGAAAUGCCUUUGUGACCGAUCAAUGUACAAAGUUUAUUUUUCGCUUUACUCCAUUUUUGGUUUGAUUUAAUCAGGACUCAAGCCUUUAGUGUCUUCUCAGAUGUGUCGAACAUCGACGCCGCGGUGAGACAGAACAAAACACAAAUGUCAUUCAGAAACAGCCACUGAGUGAACAAAGACACGGCCUGUGGAUGACCUUGUGUUGUUUUUUGUUAAUGCUUCUCUCCUCAGCCUGGAAACUGGCUGACUUCACCUCCUCUGUCUCAUUAUGAUUGUUUAUUUCUUAUCUUCAGCUCUUCAUCACUUCCUCCUCUCUCACAUAGGGAGGAUUUUGGUUUGAAGCAUUGAAAUGCCAGUGAACAGCUCUCUACUGUUGUCAAUUUUAAAAACCACUCCAUUCUUUUGAGGCGCUUUAGUCAACCUGUGGACAUAAAAAAAGUGGAUUUUCCUCUAAAAUUGAGAUUAAAAAAAUCUAAUUUUAUUUGGUUGCUACUGCACUAGCAUGAUGAGGCUUUUUUUGUCUGUACACGACAGAGGGACAUGAUUACCUAGAUUUUUAAACUUGAAAGCUGCCUUUACGUGAUGCAUUCACUGACAGCAUUACAACAAAGAAGUUCAAACUGUUGUUCAGCCAGUUCCUGAGGUUAUUUCCUUUUUCUUUCUUUAUGUUUUUGUUCUUUCUUUCUUUCUUUUGUAGGAGCGUACUAUUUGCUGGUAGAGAUCUAGUUCACCUACUGUUUCCCAGUUUGCUUUGUUUUGGAUUCUCUCUAAUGUAAGGGAAAUUUGAAAGUGUUUGUUGCCUCUUUGUGCUACUGAUUAUGAAAAGGUAUUUCCAGUAUUUGUUGCCACAGAAGUAUGAUAGCUUAUCAUCAACACUUGUUUUUGUUUGUUUUUUUUUUUAUUUGUAAUUUUUGUGCUACUUCUUGAGCUACUGUCUAUAAAGCGAAAAUUUAUUACUAUUUAUGUAACGCUACUACCAUUUUAUAUUGAUUUGUGUUGGAAUCUCAGUGCUUUUCUAUGAAUAAAGUGUGAAACACGUUAAAAAA